AUGGAGAAAUUCAAGGCUGCAAUGCUGCUGGCUGGGGUUGGUGAUUCUUUAGGUUACAAAAAAUUCAGCUGGGAAAUUUGUUCUUCGGGCGUAAAGAUUCAAGAAGAACUGAAGCAAUUAGGAGGACUGGAGAAUUUAGUGUUAUCAGCAGACAAAUGGCCAGUAAGCGACAAUACACUUAUGCAUAUGGCUACUGCAAGGGCUCUGGUCUCAGGUAAGGCUUAACUUUCAAUCUACUCUUAAUUGGUCAGAAGCAUUAAUUGUGUUUUGUUUUUCUUUAUAUACAAAUGUUUGGUAUUGCACUGUUGUAUGAUUAUUUAAAGACCAAUUUACAUGCAAAAUAAUCUGUUAAUCGUGUUACUUUCUCAGAUUUGUUGUAUUGUAUUUUUAUGGGUUAUUAUAUCUCUAUCACACGUCUUGAAAAAAGUUCUUCUAUACACUGAGCCAUUGAUCUAUCCAUCCACACAUUUGUUAUGCAAUAAAGUAAAAAGAAGAGGUUUUCUAGAAAGAUCAAGUGAGUGCUGCUGUUCUUUCUUUUGUUUGAUAUGUAUAUAUCAAUUAAAAAUAAUAAGAUAUAAACAUGCGUUCGUGAAUGUUUUCUCCAGGCAAAAAUAGAGGGGCCACAAAACUGGUUGGGGAAUUUCUCCAAUUUUUUUUUUUUCAAUUUGAAAAUAAGUUUUAUUAUAUGGUUGUCAAGUGUCUUGCGGCGCCUGCUCGCCAGGGUACAGAAAAGAAAUGGGAUAGUGCAGGAACAAUAAUUUGCAUUGGUGUUACAUUAGUUACAUUAGUGUUGCAUUAGUGUUACACAAUGACCAUUUUAUUUUUUCCUUUGUGUUGUCAAUCGGUACCCCUCAUCACUCUAGGGCCGUCACCUCCCGAGCCCAACCCCUAUUUUGGAUGGUGGUUGUGGGGGGGGUGUGAUUCUAACCUCUGCGACUGCUCAAGACGUUCCACGUCUAUUAUCUCUUUCCACUUCUUACGGGGUUGGUGAACCUCUGAUUGCUAUGUCCUGGUUUCCCCCAUUCUGGAAAGACCUCGCAGCGGUCCCCUGUGGUGCUACUGGGCUCCGGGUCCCCUCUGAUCCCUCCCUGUAUUCCCUCCAUCUCUCCCCUGCUUUUUUAAUGUUUCCCUGUGGUGUCAGGUGUUUGAAGGCCAUUAAUUCAUACUUCCAAUUGGUGUCUGCUUGGUUUAGUAAAGCUUCCCUGCUUGGCACCUGGGUUGAUUUCCAUGCUCUGGCUAAUAGUGUUACUGCAGAAAUUAGCAUGUGGAAGAUUAGUCGUUCCUCAAUUUUGUUCAGUGUUGUGGGGAUCAUAAAGAGUACGCAUUGUUCAAGGUUAAGUGGCCAGCGUCUACCUAUCAGCUUCCCUAUUUCCUGCUCCAUUGUCACCCAGAGUGGUGCUAGUCUCUCGCAUGACCACCAUGUGUGUCCCAUUGACCCUCCCUGGGCCCCACAUCUCCAGCAUCUAUUGGGGGAGUCUGGGUACAUUUUGGAUAGCCUCUCUGGUACCAUAUACCACCUAUAUUGUAGCUUCCUUAUAAUUUCUAAAUGUGUGGAGCAUUGUGUGUUCCCCUUGUGAAUUUUAAAGGCCCUCUCCCAUUUCUCCUGUGAUAGGACGUAUCCCAGUUCUCCGUUCCACGCUUCUUGGAAUGGCAUAAUAGUGUCCCGUGGCUCAUUAUGUAGCUCCUUAUACAGCGUGGAUAGUGUACGCUUGACUGGUUUUGGUGAGAGGCAUAGGUGCUCUAACUUACACUCUUGUUGCUGUGGUGUGUUUUGUACUUCUAUCCCCUUGAGAAAGGACUUCAGUUGUAGAAAUGGGAAUAUGGCUCUAUUUGGGAGGUGAUAUAGUUCUUGGAGGUCUGGAAAGUUCAUUAACUUCCCCUCCUUGUAUAGAUGUGUGACUGUUGUGCACCCUCCAUCUCUCCAUUGUUUGUGUUCAAAUGUUGGGAUUCCUACCGCGAUCACGGAGAUCGGGGCAUUCCCUGGUAUACUGUCCCGGGCCCUCUCCCCGCCCUUUGUCUCGUCCCAGAUUGCCAUAGUGGUCAAGGUGGUCGGUAGGGGGUCGAUGUGUGCGGGGCGUAGGUGACUUGGUAGCCAGAAUAUGUUGUGUAAGCCAUACCCUCCCGCCCAGUGGGCUUCUAUUUUGGACCAUUGUGGGGUUUCCCCUUCUGUCGUGGAUGCUUUGAUAGCUGCUAUGUGUGCGGCCUUGUAGUAGGUGUGGAUAUUUGGUAGCCCCAGCCCCCCUCUUUCGAUCGGUCUUUGUAGGACCCAGGCUGCCACCCUUGGUUUUUUCUUUGCCCAUAUGAAUCGGACCAGGAGACUCUGCAGCGUUUUAAAGUAGGAUUUUGGUAGCUUUAUGGGUAGUGUGCGUAGAAGAUAUUGGAGUUUGGGAAGCAGCAUCAUCUUCAAUGCUGCCAGCCUCCCUACCCAAGAUAAAUAUUUGCCCUCCCAACCUUCUAGAGUCGCUGCUAGUUCUUUGUAUAGUUUGGUGUAGUUUUUUUCUAUUAGCUUAUUUAGUUGGGUCGGGAUGUUUAUGCCUAGGAACGUGAUGUGGUCUGUUCUCCAGUCGAAUGGAAAGGCCGAUUUAAGUCUAUCUAGAGCGUCCGUCCCCAUCCCUACUCCCAUGGCUUGAGUCUUGCUAAUGUUUAGUUUAUAGUACGAGUGCCGUCCGUAUUCUAAAAUUGUUUCCACCAGGUUGGGGAGAGAUAUCUGUGGUUGUGUCAGGGUGAGCAGCACGUCGUCAGCAAAUAGGUUUGUUUUGUAUUCCUUGUCCCCUAUAGUCACCCCAUGUAUUGAGGUGUGUUGUCUUAUGGCUAUCGCUAGCGGUUCCAGCGCUAAAACAUAUAGUAGUGGGGAUAGCGGGCACCCCUGGCGUGAUCCAUUAGUUAUGUGGAAGGGAUCUGACACGAACCCCGCAUUUAGGACUUGGGCUGUUGGCCUGUUGUAUAGAGCCCUGACCGCUGAAAGGAAGCCCUCUGGUAUCCCGACCUUGGUAAGGACCGCUUCUAGGAACUCCCAGUUCAGUCGGUCGAAGGCCUUUUCUGCGUCCAGUGCUACCACCACGCCUCCCACUCUCAUGCGUUGGGCACUGUAUAUUAUGUCAAGCACUUUCCUGGUGUUGUCUCCCCCUUGUCUGCCUUUUAUGAACCCCACUUGGUCUGAGUGGAUGAGGUGAGGAAGCAGGCUUCCCAACCUGUGUGCGUAUAUCUUGGCGUAUAGUUUGGCGUCAGUGUUGAGGAGGGAGAUAGGGCAGAAGUUUUGGGGGCAGGUGGGUGGUUUCCCCGGCUUGGGAAGCGUUAUGAUGUGGGCUAAUAGUGUUUCACGGGGUAAGCUUUGUUGUUGAGUGGCUUCGUUGUAAGCUUUUGUUAAAUAUGGCACCAGGAUGGGUUUGAAUGCUUUGUAGUAGCAGUUAGCAAAGCCAUCUGGGCCUGGGGCCUUGCCUAUUGGGAGCUGUUGGAUUGCUGCGUCUACCUCCUCUUCGGUGACGCUGGCUGAGAGUAUGUGUUGUUGUUGUACUGUCAGUGAGGGCAUUGGUAUCUCGUGCAAGUAUUGUUGUAUGUUCUGUGAAUUAGGUUGAUGUGUUUUGGCAUCAUUCACCAGGUUAUAAAGGGAUGCGUAGUAUUUGGCGAACGCAUUGCUAAUGUCCUUGGGGGCUGUGAUUUUGUGACCCUCUUCCGUUUGGAUGUGUGCUAUCUUUUGUUUACUUUGGAUUGUUUUGAGGCGUUGUGCCACUAGUUUGCCUGCCUUGUUUCCUUGAGCGUACUGUGUCGCUUUAAGCCUCUGGAGGUGCUGUCCUGUUCUAUCUAAUGCUUGUUUGUGCAUGUCUUGUGUGAGCUGAACAAUGCGUUUCUUUAGGUCUUGUGAGGGGUUCCUUUGGUUUAGGGUCGUGAUGUCUAAUAGUUCUUUCUGUCUCUCCUGGUAUUGUGUGUCUGCCUGUCGUUUGAGGGUUGCUGCUCUUUGGAUCAAGAGUCCUCGUGCUACGGCUUUGUGUGCCUGCCAAAUCGUAUUGUGGGAUACCUGAGCUGUCGUAUUUUCCGCGAAGUAGUGUCGCAGUGCUCUUUCUAGUGUUUUGCAGAAGUUGGGGUCCCUGAGGAGAGAGGCAUUAAGUCUCCAGGGGCUUCUGUGCUUGGAGUCGUAUAGGUCGGUCAAAGUCACUACUACCGGUGCAUGGUCUGACCAUGUGAACUGUUUAAUGUCGCAUUCUUUUAUUUGGUCUAGGUGUUGUCCCUUAACUAGUAUGCCGUCUAUCCUGGAGUACGUGUUGUGUACCGCGGAGAAGAAUGUGUAGCCCCUUUCCCCACUAUGUGUCGCCCGCCACACGUCGUAGUAGUGGUGUGUAUUGAGUAGUGUUUGUAUUGCUUUGCAUUGCCGUUUGAGCGGUCGCAUUCUGGGUGCUGCUGGCGAUGCCGUGGAGUCUACCGUGGGGUCCAUCACGUGGUUGAAGUCCCCACAUAUUAUACUAAUCCCCUUUUGUGUUGUUUCUAGUUUCUUUAUUAUUUUAUGGAGGAAAAGUUUUUGACCUACGUUUGGGGCAUAGACGUUCAUGAUCGUGUACGUAAUGUCAUUAAAGUCGCCCACCACCAGGACAUAUCUCCCUCCCUCGUCCACUUCUAAGUGUGAAAGGGUAAAUGCUACAUCUUUGCUAAUAAGUAUGGAGGCUCCCUUUGACUUGUUGGAGUAGGUAGCGUGGAACUGGUGCGGGAAUUCUUGUGCGAACAGUGGGGAGUGUGAGUUCGUUCUAAAGUGAGUUUCCUGUAGGCAUACUACGUCCGGGUUGUUUUGUUUCAAAUCCCGGCGUAGUAAGCUGCGUUUUUCAGGGCUGUUCAAGCCUUUGGUAUUGUGGGUGUAUAUUUUCAUGGGGGUUUGAAAGGUGUUAUUCGCUUACCCUGAUAAGUGUCGGUGUCUAUGUGUGGGGUAGCCGCCUUACCCAGCCAUUUCGAUCCAGGCGACUCUCCCUUGUAAAUCUGAUUUGUUGUGUCCCCAUAGGGGGUUCUUUCCCUAGAUAGAGUGUGGGGGAUGUGGUCAUUGUGUUGUGCAUUCUCUGAUUGACAACUGGGGUAAUAACAGAACCGAACUAAAACUUUACAAACUGCCCUAUAUCUGGCUUGGCGCCUAUCCAAGGUGCCUUGGGGGAAGAAGCGUAUUGCUUCCAUUCCUGUGUGAAGCCUUUUGCGGCCUAACCGUCUUGUGAUAAGCUAGUCACCCGCUCUGUGCGUGGCUUGGGUGGUGCUGUGGGGUCUGUAGCAAACCCUAACUCUAGGGUGUCCUUCUAGUCCCGUAGUGUGACCCAUGCUGUUGGGUUCUCAGCCCCCCCCCGCUUAUAAUAAUUAAUAUUGUCCCAUGAGUUGUGCAUAGUCCCAAAGUCUCUCAAUUUUACUUGCCACGUCCUGCGGUGUUUGCGUCGUCUAUCUGCGUCUGGGCACCUUCCGCCACAUGGGUGUGACCCCGCUGCGGUCCGGCGCGGCGGCUGGGGCUGGUGGAGGCGGUAUUCCCCAGUCCUGGAGAGCUUUCAGGCCCGCUUCAGGGGUGUGGAUGGCUGUGAUUGUGCCUUCAUGGGAGAUGAGCAGCUUUACCGGAAAUCCCCAUCUGUAUGGCUUCUUAUGUUGCCGCAAUUGCUCUGUAAUGGCUGCGAAAGUCUUCCUCUUUUUCAGCGUUGCGGCUGAGAUGUCUGCAUAAAUGGUUAUUCUCUGGUGCGGCUCCGGAAGGGAUUGGCGCUGUCUGCUUGCUCUCAUAAUGUCUUCCUUAACGUGGAAGUAAUGCAAACGUACUAGCACGUCUCUUGGCGCGUCGGAGGUUAAAAAUCUGGGCUUCGGAACUCGGUGAUAUCUGUCCAGCAGGAGUAGGUCUUGGGGUAAAUCUGGUGCUAGGAUUUUAAAUAAGCUCUGCAGGUGGGCAUGGAGAUCUGCCGUGCUCACCGAUUCUGCUAUACCCCUGAUCCUGAGGUUGUUGCGCCGCGAUCUGUCCUCCAUGUCUGCUACUUUGUUGCCUAGGGCUUCCAAGGUGUCCUGCAUCUCCUCCAUGUCUGCCCUCAAUUCUUUAUGGGUGUCAGCCUGUUCUGCCAUUUGGUCUUCCAGCGUUGAGGUCCUGGCCCCCAGAUCUUGCAGGUCUGCCCUGAUUUCUUUUAGGGCUGAGUGUAGUGUGUGUUGCAGUUUGUCAUGCAUGCUGUCCAGCAUACGUUGGAGGAUCCCCUGGGUCACUGGUGCUUCAGGCUGGGAAGGCUUUUGCAGCUCGCUGGCGUCGUCCUCGGCGCCAUCUUGUGGCUCCUCUAAUGCAGCCGCGUGUUUGUGUGGCGCGUUCCGGACCCCGAAAAAGUUAUUUUUUUCGGCUCUGUCUGUCUGCCGCCUGCCCUUCUGCUGUGCCAUCUUGCCCGGGGGUCUGUGUGCUGGUUUUUGCUGUCGGGUGGUUGUACCGCUAAUUAAUUAGGCCGCGGGAGCAUGGAGCUAUGCUGACAUGCGGCUGCUCCGGUCGAGCUCCAGGCCACGCCCCCGAAUUUCUCCAAUUUGACAAUUGUGGGAUAAAAUGUUUAAAUGGUUCCUCUAACCCUUUUUCUAAAAUGCAAUUGCUUAGUUUAUAAUGCCUGACUGGUACUAGGUCACCACACUUAAUAUAAAAAUAAAGAGUUAAACUUAAUCUAGCGCUGGGCAAAAAUCCUAGCGCUGCCUUCUACGCAUCAUCUGGCGGAAGCAGUGCCUGAUCAUGGUCCAAUUAUUUGAUUGCACCAUUUCACUGUCUCAGAGCACAUGCGCAUGCUCUGAGCUUGGUAGGGGAAGGAGGAAAGAAGGGAAAUGGUGGACUGGGGAGGCAGGGAGGGGAUAUAAAAAAAUAAAAUAAAAAUAACCGGAAAAAUUUGAGCACUGUCUUUAAAGGAUAAUCCCAUUACAACUGUUAACAGCACAUUGACAGACCAGAAUUAACAUAAGGCAGCAAGGAACAGAGUUCUGAGCUACCUAAAUCAUGUGUGCCAGGGGUGCAACUAACCUCUGGCACAAAAGUGCGAAUAUCUCUGUAUUUCAAGCAGAAACACUGCACAUGCAGAUUCCUACUACCAUGACCACUUCUAAAAGCAGAAUUGGUCAUGGUGGGUGGAGUAACACUUUAAUUUAUUUUGGUAAUUAUCUGAAAUUCCUAUUUUAGUGAUUAACAGGGUUAUUCCCUGAACUGAGAACUGUCCAAAAUAGCCAAAUUGAAAAAAAAAAUCUCCACUCAAUUUUCUAUUUUUUCACUCUCAGCCAAUGAAUGUAAUUCUGUGCAUAGAAACAUGUAUACAACUUAGAUUAGGCAGCCCCGAAUUCCCCAAUGAUGCUGAACAUACAGACACAAAAACACUUCAAAUCACUGAAGUUUUCAGUGAAGUCAGUGGGGAAAACCGUGUUAUUGCCAGCUAACCAUGCGUUGUCAGAAAGUAAUCACUAGUUAUGCAAAUGAGUAAAGUGUUCACGGAGUUCAAUGCAACCCGUAACAAAUUUACUUGUUUGUUCUGUGAACCAAUUGAAUCUAUCUAUAAAUGAUCACUAGGUGUCCAUAAUACAUUACUUUGGGUGAGCACCCUAACAAUCCUGUUCUAUAUCCCUUAAUAGAUGAGUAAAUAUACAAAAAAGAGAGGUACAUCAAAACAAUGGCAUGCCAAGCGGGGGGAAGUGGGGGCAGUUCCCACACAGCACUCAUGUCCCAUCUAUCACUCUUUGUAGUUUUGUCACCAGGAACCAGGUAGAAGAUUUCAUUAUCCACUACCCAGGUCUAUCAUGGAGGGAGCUAUUUCUCCAAUACAAGCAGCAGGGGAUGAAGCAAGCACCCCACUGCCUAAUAACAGCUGCAUACACAGGGGAAGCAGAAACUUCAGGGAGUCCCUGCUUCCCCACCACAAGCCACCUGAGAUCACAGAGAGCUCUACUCCCUUUCAUCCUCCCCAGUGCUUAUACCAGUAAGGUGCUGGAGACGGAAAUGUAGUGACUGUGUGGGUGACUGUGUAUUGUUUGUAAAGCACCAUCACAUUCCCCAGCGCUGUCCAAGGGUCACAAUGGUACAAGUAAAAAGACACAGUACAAUAUAACUAAGAUACAAUACAAAACAUGACAAACCAAUACAGGAGGAGAUGAGGGCCCUAUUCCUGUGGGAAUGUACAAUCUAGAUAAGUGACUUGCUGUGUGUGUGGCUAUGUGUGUGAUUGUAUGUGGAUGUGACUCUGUGUGACUGUAUGUCUGUGACUGUGUGUCUUGUGUGUAAUUGUGUGAUUGAUUGUGUAUAUCCACAAAAGAAAAAGUACUGCACUCAUCCAAAAGAAAACAGGGUGCUUAACCGAACCAGGGCCAGCGCAUCCCUCACUCAUAGAACAUCCAAAAAGAGGCUUCAGAAUUCACUGUGUUUAAAAGUAAAGUAACGUUUUGACCUCCACAGAGGUUUUUGUCAAGCACAGCUAUUUGUGUAACAGCACAAAACAAGCUUGACAAAAACCUCAUCAUCUACAAACACUGCUUUAUUUUUUAACACAGUGAGUGCCUGAAGCCUCUUCUUGAUUGUGUGUCUGUGUAUAUGACUUUGCAUAUGUUUGUGUGUAUUCAUGUCAGUGUGACUAUGUAUGUGACUGCAUGUCUGAUUGCAUCUAUAUAUAUAUAUAUAUAUAUAUAUAUAUAUAUAUAUAUAUAUAUAUAUAUAUAAAUAGCAUACUAAAUACACAAUUCAGCGCACUCGCUCAUUCACUAAACAGAGAUUGUAAGUCUCACAGAUUGUAAUAAUUUUAUUUAAAAACACCUCACCUACGCAAAAACAAUGAGGGUUUAGUUACAGUAUAUGUUCAUACAUUGCAUUCAGGCCCGGACUGGCCAUCGGGCACACCGGGCAAAUGCCCGGUGGGCCGCGGUGGCCAUGGGCCAAGGCCGGCAGGGGAGGUCCCAGGAUCUCCCCUGCCGGUCUAUGCAGGGCCUGCACUAUCCGAGCGCCGGCCCCGCUGUUUGCAAUGGAGGGCCGGUGGGGAGAUCAAAGAUCUCCCUCACCGGCCCAUUUAAAUAGACCUGCGGCUGGGGAGGGAGGGAGAGGACCCGGCGGAGCUCUAUCUUGCAGCUCCGCCGGGUUUCUCUCGCGAGAUCCGGAGCAUUGCCAUGGCAACGCACCGGAUCUCGCGAGAGUGAAGCUAGAGUUCACUAACCACUGGACCACCAGGGAUGAUGUGAGUGUGCCGGUCCCCCUCCUCCCAGCUACCACACACACAGCACUCUCACACACAGCACUCACACAGCACUCUCACACACAGCACACACAGCACUCACACACACACAACACUCCCGCACACAGCACACACACAGCACUCCUCCGCACACAGCACUCUCACAUCCCCACACACACAGCACUUUCAUACACACAGCACUCACACACAACACUCUCACACACAGCACACACAGCACUCUCACACACAGCACGCACAGCACUGCACGGCACUCACACAGCACUUUCGCACAGCACACACAGCCUCACACAGCACUCACACACACAGCACACACAGCGCUCUCACACACAGCACUCUCACACACAGCACUCCUCGCGCACAGCACAGCACAGCACUCUCACACACAGCACUCACACACAGCACUCACACACAGCACACACAGCACUCUCACACACAGCACUCUCACACACAGCACUCUCACACACAGCACUCUCACACAUCACACACAGCACUCACACAGCACUCUCACACACAGCACACACAGCACUCUACACACACAGCACAGCACUCUCACACUCAGCACACACAGCACUCCUCACACACAGCACUCAUUACACACAACACACACACAGCACUCUCACACACAGCACUCACACAGCACUCACACAGCACUCCUCACACACAGCACACACAGCACUCCCCAGCACUCUCACACACAGCACUCACACAACACUCUCACACACAGCACACACAGCACUCUCACACACAGCACUCUCACACAGAGCACUCACACAGCACACUCACACACAGCACACACAGCACUCACACACACAGCACACACAGCACUCUCACACACAGCACUCUCACACACAGCACUCUCACACAUCACUCACAGCACUCUCACACACAGCACACACAGCACUCUCACGCACAGCACUCUCACACACAUCACACACAGCACUCUCACACACAGCACAGCACUCUCACACACAGCACAGCACUCUCACACACAGCACUCUCACACACAACACAGCACUUUCACACACAUCACACACACACACAAAUCACACACACUGCACCCUUUAACACAGCACCCACAUACAGCACCCUUAAACACAACAUACACAGCAUCUUCACACACAGCACCCCUCAAACACAACAUCCAUCACACACACAUACUGCACCCUUCACAUACACACUACACCCCUCACAGACACCCACUGCACCCCUCACACAUACACGCAGAACCCCAACACACUGCACUAAACACACACACACACACACACACACAAUACUUCCAAACAUAUAUAUAUGUAUAUAUAUAUAUAUAUAUAUACACACACCACAGCACCGUUCACACACACUGAACCGCUCACACGCAUACUGCACCGCUAAACAUAUUACAUUCCAGACACACACUAUAUCCCUUACCCAACUAUGGAUCAUAUACACACACUAAAUCCCUAUAUACACUCUGAUUCCGUUAUAUACACACACUCACUAGAUCUCAUACACAUUCUGGGUCCUUCAAACACACACUAGACUCCUGUAUACACACACACACACACACUGCACCACCUACACACACUACAUUCCUAACAUACACACUUUGGAUCCCUGAUACACACACACUAGAUUCCUUGUAAACAAACACAUGCUACACCCCUAAACGCACACUCUCUACAACCCCUACAAACACUACAUCACCUAUAUACACACACACACUAUAGCCUGUGUGCAUACAUUUACUACAUCCCCUAUACACACAUUCUCUUCAGCUCCUAGCCACAUAUGCAUUACAUUACACCACAAACACAACACGACUAAAACCAACCUUAUUACACAAUACCAAACCACGACCAGCUCACUCUGCACACACACAAUCCCAAAGCAGGCUCCAAACACAUGCACAAUACUCUUUCCUUGCCCUUUUGUCUCCAGGUAUCCAUUUAUAGAGACACCAGAGACAAGUUUCAAGGAAACACAGUGCAAGCAUGUUAUUAAAUUUGCUUGUACUGUGCAGAACAAAUACAGGUUUUUUUUUCUUCUCAUGCUAGAGCUCUUUAGCAGAGCUCUGCCCUGGAAGAGCAUUGACCCAACGCUCACUUUGAGAGGGGGCGUGUUUGUCUUUGGUGAUGACGAAACACACCCUCUCUGCCCCGCCCCCUUCUUAGUGGGCCGCUGUGCUAAAAAAAUGCCCGGGCUGAAUUUUUCUCCCAGUCCAGCUCUGAUUGCAUUUGUCAAUGUACCCCAUUCUUGGCAGGUUCUACUCUGGCUGCCUAAUUCUUGCUCUUAUGAGAUUAUUCCACUUACUUGGGAAAUACUUCCUCCUGGGACUCAGCCUUGGAAUGAGACACCUGUGACAGGGAGGGGUGCAAAAACAAGAAGUUGGCUUGGACUCCCAAAAUAUAUUCAGGUGAGUGCAUGCAGCCCUAGCCAUUCUUGGUUUCAUAUAUAUAUAUAUAUAUACACACACACACACACACAACUGUGUAUGUGUGUGAAGGGUAAGAGGGUGAAGAGGUUAUAAAAGGUAAGGAGCGGUUAAGAAACACAAAAUAGGUAAGGGGGCAAUAUAUGUACAAGAUUAGGAGAAACACAGAAGGGUCAAGAGAUACACGCAAAGGGAUGAAGGGGUGUGAAGUGGCACAACAAAGUUUAAAUGGGGUGUGCCAACACACGUCUGCCUUGGGUGCCAAAUAACCUUGGUGCUCCUGUGCAUUAUACUAUAUUCUUGUUCUAGUUUUGCAUGGGAAGAUAGUACAUUUUCAUAAUUUUUGACAAGUAAACCCAAACUGUUCCAAAAAUGCAUAGUUGUUAGAAAAAGCUCAUUGCUCCAAUUUGUUCUAGGUCAGGACUGUAAUGGAGAGAUUUUUCUUGUUUGUAUAUGCAGAAAUGGAAUACAAAAAAAAAUAAUCAAUGUUUCAGUCCUGCUUUGAAUUUUGCAUCUUAAAAAGCAGUCACCUAAUAUCUUUUUUUUUUUUUUUAAUAGAAAAAUGUAUUAAUUUAAUUUUCAUUUCCAAUUAUUUUCAUUUUAUAAUUUGGAGUCUCUGAGAAAAACCCUGCAUAGCAACAAACUAAACAAAUAAAAAUAGAUCAGAUGGAAAUUUUUCCAACUUGCCUUUAUUUGCUGCUUGGCUAUUUCAGCCUGCAUUUUUCAAUUUGGUUUUAAAUUUACCAUAAUUCACCCUUUCGUGAAUACAUUUUUAACAGUCUCUGGCUCAGUCCCUUUUGGCAAUACUGGACCCAGUCUGCCUGUCUGACUUCCGUGCCACAACCAGUGAUCAGUUACUGAAUGGGUUUCAUGCCAAUAUCCGCACAAUCCAAUGUUCAUAUACAAAGUCUUCCUCACUGAUCAGGUUCCUGCACAGACUUGUGACAUUGUUUAUCUUGGAAAUCCUGUUUAAAUCAAAUAAUACCGGCACUGUAAGGCAAAUCAUGAUUUGCUCUACCAGUAAAAGCAAACUAGUAUUCAACAAUUAUUGUCUCUUUUUAUUAAAAAAAAGCACUAAAAGGACGCAAACAUAGCUUUAUUUAUUCUAUUUUUUCACACAAUUAUUAUUAUUAUUAUUAUUAUUUAUUACUACCAAUCAGAAUAAUCAUUUUUAUUUUAGCCAAAGGAGAGAAUUUUUCAGUGACAUAAUUUAUGUUAAUAAAGAUUGCCUGGUUAUUCUUUUUUUGUCUAUAAAUAGCAUAAUGUUCUCACUCCAUUGUUUGAGAAGUUGGGGAUCUGACUUUAAUAGCACUCUUUAAUCUCCAGCCAAGAGUGGCCUAAAUUUAGUUUCAAUAGUCAGUAAGACAGAAUGUUAGCUAUCUAAACUUAAGCACAGCCAGAACAUUAAAGAUAAGAGGUGUCAUGCUCAGGGACAGGACAAAGAGUUAGAAUUCUGUGUAGCAUUUGUGUUGUUCCAUAAGUUAAAUUAAACUACAAGGUACUGAAAACCCCUCAAUAAAACAUGUAGGUAUCGGUAAAGUAAAUCACCUAAGAAUUAUACUCUAGGAAAAAUUGCAUUUUGCUAAACUAUUAACUGCUAUACAGUAUAUGUCCCAAAGAAUUCUGAAUUAAACCUAAUUAUGCUUCAGCUUGUUUGAGUCUGAUGAUAAAAUCACUAUAGACUAUUUAGCUCAGUUGCGGAGCCUAAAAAUAAAUUAUAUUUGUAUGAUGAAAUUACUGGCACUUCAGUUAUUCAAUCUCAUUCAGCAAACCGACUACCACCACUUAAAAACAUCCUGGGUAAGUCUAUGAAUUCUCAACCAUAUUCUCUAUCAUUUUAUGGAGAUAAGUCAUACCUCGCAAUCUAAGUACCGUAAUAAAUAAAAGAAACAGCUGCCAAAAAAGUUAUCUUAGAUGAUUAGCUAAGGAAGUUAAAUAUUUGAUUAUUGACUACAGGAAAAAAAAAUAUAAAUUCUGGUUUUGGAUUUUAAUUAAAUUAGAAAUAACACACUAAAAAGUAAGUAAACCAAGUUCACCCUCCCUAAUAAAUAAAUUAAUAAAUAGUACAAAAUAAUUUUUUUAAAUAUAUUGUCUGGUAAGUCAUUUAUCAAAAUAGCAAACUUUAAUAUCAAAUUCACCAGUCUUAAAUGUAAUGUAGUUUUUAUCUAAUAUGGAAAGUACAAUCUGCCUAUUUAUUUCCUAUAUCAUUUAAACAAAAGAGCCAUUCAAAAAAGGAAUGGUAUUACAGACAAGAAAAGAAAUGCAUCUAAUCUGAGUAAGAAUAGCGUACUCGUAACCCAAAGUGUAGAGUCGAGAGUCAGGGUUAGUGUUUAGGUGCAAUUAGCAACAACAGUCUACGCAUGGGCAGAACUACUAAUGGUGCCCCCAGUGCAGGCACAGCAGGGCCACGGGGAAUUUGCUUUAUUAAUUAGGGCACUGCUGCAGACUGAGAGAGAUUGUGUGCUGUGGUUACCUAGCUGGCUGUCACUAUUGGUGAGUGGUGUGGUGAAGCAAGUGGUGACUCAUCAGUAAAGCCAGAGUCAGCUCAGAUGCUACCACAGAAGUUACUACAACUGCUAUUCUACUAGUAGUGCUAUACUAAAGGAUACCAGUGACUUGUUUGUAGUGUCAGGAAGGAGGGGGUUUGGGCCUGGUCCAGGGAUAGUGGGAUACCAGGAGGAGAAUCAGAGAGGAAUUUACUGCUACGGCUGUAAGACUGUGUGAAUGACAGACUGUUGCCCUUUACAUCAAUUUCUUUCAGUUAUGGAACCAAGGAUAAGGCAGGAGCACUACCAAGAGCCACUCUACUCAUUAUGCAGCUCAGUGACACAGUGUGGGAGACGUGACCCCACUAACCCAAGUAGAUAGGUAGAGGAAUGCUGCACAGGGUGGUUUCUGGGAGGGCAAAAAAUAUCAUGCACUGGAACCCACUGUUCAUUAUUUAUGCUGCGAAUGUAGACUCACCUUACCUUAAGUCUCAUUUAAUACUCUUUAACUUGCCUCCUUAUGGAAAAAAUCUAUGUGUGUGACACAAACAUAAUCAGGACAAUUUAUAUCUACUGUGAAUAAUUUGUCUUCAUUUCCACCAGUUAUGUUACAACUAAUUUACGUAAAACUGUUUUCCUUUUUUUGUUAUUUAUAGGUAUAGAUAGCUAUAUAUAUAUAUAUAUAAUUUUUUUUUAGAUAUAUUCUUUAUUUUUUGUUGUGCUGGUGGUACAUAACAUUCACAUCACAGCGACAUAUCAGUUUGCUCAAGUGUACAAUAACAUCUUAGUAGCGUUUAACACGUCAUGUAAUCAGCAGCAUUUUUAGAAAAACAAUAAGUAAACAUCAGGGACCUGAGACACGUGACAUUGACAUGCUAGGAUUACCAUAGUUCAUGUGAGGCUCAGGACAGAUGUUGUACAUGUGAUAAGUAAUGUGUGGUGAUUUCUUAAAGAAGGGAGAGAAUACAAGAUGGCAAUAUCUAAAACCAGCUCAAUGGACCAUCAGGGAUACACUAAAGAGCCAGAACAAAACAUAGCAGCCGGGAGGGCCUGAACCCUAACAGCAGGGGAUUGAUAUGCAUCAUAUUGUUAUGUAUGGACAAGGUGGACAAGGGUAUUAAAGAACCUAUAGACAAUUGCCAGAGUGAGAGAAAGUCAAAAACAGAAACAUAGCACUGAACAUCAAAUUGUGCAGGUGUAAGUCGCAAUAAUAACAACAGGUGUUGUCAGGUUGUCGAAGGAGUAGGCUCUCCAGCCCUAGGCACGAAGGGCUCCAUGGGGGCAGGAUCACAGGCAUGAGGGGAGAAUUGGUGGUUCAUGUUGGAGGUUGGUAUAGAAAGGUCCAGUGUUGUCAGGACUAUAGGGUCUCCGAUGCAGUACCAAGUCUGUGUAUUGUACCAUGGUGGGUCACCAGCAGAGAUCAAGGUGCCCCCGGUCUGUAAAUGAUAAUUGCUGAAGGCAUCUUGAGUGUAAUGUGGCAGAGGGACCUGCACCACUGUAAGGUAGCUCUGGUUAAGUCUUGGUAAAAAAAAAAAGCUGAGAGCCCCCAAAUGUAUAGGGCGUUUUGCUCCCAGUGCUCACUUGUCUUGGUAAUUUGCACAGCAGAAAAUAACAUCCCGCGUGGUGGUAGUGGGAGGCUUGGGUACGCCAGACAGUCUAUAAGCCCCAUCUAUGCUGAAUCUUUACCUGGGGGGUAACACAGUUGCCUCUAGGCAACGUAGAUAGUGUGGCAGCUCUUACGCCCCUAUUGUGGCCGGGGCACCUCAGAUCUUUAUGUGAUUGCGCCUAAGUCAACCUUCAAGAGAAGAGAGUUGGGAUUUGAAUAUCUGUUGGGUAGACUGGAACUUAUGAAUGAGUCCUUCAUAUUUAAGACCUCUGGACGUAGGUCUGGUAGCAGGAGCUGAGCUGUGGCACUGUCGUGGAGCUAUCCACCAUGGAGGGAGUCCCACUUAGGAAAGGCUGAUGCCUUGUUGACCACACUCCUCAGUUUUGCGGCUUUCGGCAACUUAAAGAAAGGUAUCAAUGGAUUCAGAAAAAUGUAUUGCAUCAAAGGCAAGGUCUGUCUGGGUUGGAUGGACCCUGCAGCAAGGGAUUUUGGUCAUGUUAGCAGAAAGUUGUCAGGAGUCGAGAGAAAUGGCGUCUGCUCAGGUUUGCUGGCAAUCCCCACUCUUUUUUAUACUAAAUUAGGAUUUAAAUAUGUAUGUAUGGAAUUUAAAAUAAAGCUCUGUGUCUUUUCUCUACAAUCAAAACACGUUUCUUUAUGUAAAUACACAAUUUCUAAUCAUUUUAAUAAAGCAAAUUCCAUUAUUUAAGUGAUAAAUGCUCAAAAUUAUCCUGGCAUCAUUGGCACUCUAAAAGUCUGUGUCUAGGUACAUUGCAAAUAACCCUACAAACUACAGCCUAAACUUGAAAAUAAGCCCUGAACCUGUCCCUUAUGUGUGUGGCCAUCUUCCUCUGGUGGGUCCUCUUCAGCUCUUGCCACUUCAGCUACAGGUGCCAACGUCACAGUUGUCACUGCAGGAUCCACCAUACACAGCCAAUUGCCUGCAGUUCUCACUAGUGAUGGCUGUUGGGAUUGUCACUCUAGUUUCCCCAGAGUCUGAGAAAGUCAGGCUGAAGAAAUAUACAGAAACAAACUAGUCCAUACUUUGUCUCUGUAUAUCGAUCGAUCAACUAGGUUGGAAUUUCGGUGAAAUUCUAACACAGUCAAAAUGAAUAUCUGUUCAGUCAAAAAUAUAUCUAUAUAAAAUACUCAUGUUUCGGAGGAGGGACGGUGGUAACUGUGCCGCAGUAACCCUGAAUGCAUCUAUACUGCUACAUACACUCACUAUACUCACAGAUUCAAACACAAUACAUUACAAUCAGAGCAGAAAUAUGUACAUACUUACAUGUAUUCACAUGCACAUAAAUAUGCUUUUUAAAAAGAAAUUUUUAGACCUGUUAAGUCCAAUUAAUACAUUUAUUAUACGUGCUUUAUCUGCCUUGUUUGGAUUGGGAAGAAGAGGCCACUUCCAUGGCCACUUAACCUUCUCUCCUCAAUGUCUACCUAUUUACACUUCUCUACAACUCCCCACCUAUUUCCAGCUCUAAUUUAAUGGAUAGGAGAAAGUAUCUGAAAAAGAAAGAGAUCCCGAACAACAGGUAUCCCAACCGUCCUACUUUAAGAUCCCACAUCCUGACACACCUGGGAACUGUCCCCAGCCUGUACAGCGUGAGCACAUCAUUACAAACACUGAUGCUGUGCUGAAGGCACUAAUACCAUAUAAAGAACACUGAGCUCUACAUGGUCUGCCAUGUUGAUAUGCCCCUUCUAUAUGCCCAUUUUGGUCAUUGCUAGUGAUACAAGGCUGAUUUGCCCAGUAUUACAUGCACUGCAGUGUUUCCAUCCUACCUGCCAGCCAUAAGUCGUUGUUAAUUAGUUGUUAAACAAAAAAUAUAUCUCAGAAACUUCUACUUACCAUAAUCACAAUCCUAACUAUCACAAUCAGGGAAGAUCAAAUACACAGCAAUACCCUAACCACUUCGAUAGAAAACCUUCCUAUGUUCACCAACAACCCCAAAACAGAUCGAAUCAACAGAGAUACACAAGAUCCUAUCACCCAGGUCAAUCACACCCCCAGCAUAAUAAGGUAGAAAAAAAGAUACUACCAAUCUCCAUGAAGAAACUAUAGAUCACCACACCACUUCUCAAAACAGAACACUUCACCGCAAAAUUACCAUAACCACCCCACUCACAGAAGGACUAACACUAUGACCUACGAGUCAUCCACACAAGGAAGAAACACAUACGACACUACCCCAAGACCACAAAGAAAUAGAUACUCCCUAUGAACAAACCCACCAUAAGAAAUCACCCAUCAACUUCAGUCACCAAAAUAGAUAUCAACUACUAUCCAUAGAUUCUGAGUUUGAAAAUGAGGACCAUUUUUUAGAGAUCAGACCACACAACAAUCAGCUUGUCCAAACCCCGUACCCAACAAGAGCAAAAAAAGGGAGCCUAAGUUUAGAGGAAGGAGAAGUGGAAGAAGAAUACAAAAAAAGAGAGAGACUAGAAAGACACCAACCAAUCUAACAGAAAAAGACCACGGCAUUUUUAACUUAUCACAAAAUUUUUUAACUUCUACACAAAUCUCAGUUUUAAGCAAGGGUCUCAAAUAUGCACCGACCAAUCCUUUUAACCAGUUCCAAGCCUUUCUAGACAUUAAUAAAUUUGUUAGAAAGGCAACUCCAAAAGGAUUUUUUACAAGUCUGCAGAACCAAACACUACAUUAACCAACACAGACAUUCCCACAGAUGACUCUGUCACCAACUCUAUUUUCCCUUCAAUUAUAAGAACUAAUUUAAAGAAAAAUUUAAAUUUUUACCCUUCCAGUUUCAAAUCCGGCCCCAUAAAAGUAUUCGAAAAACUAGUACUAAAAAACUUAAAUAAAAUAGAAAAACACAAAUACCAACACCAUAAUCUAUCCUUCCAAGAACAAUUAGCAUUAAAAGAACUGAAAAAAGACUAUACUAUCAUCAUAAAACCAGCUGACAAAGGGGGAGGUCUAGUCAUCCUCCCAGAAAAUAUGUAUAUUGAUGAGGCCCUUAAACAAUUGAAUGACCCUAACGUAUAUGACAAAUUAUCCUCUGACCCAACCAUCCUUAUCAAAAAUAAACUUAGGACAUUCCUACAAGAAGGUCUAGAACAAAACAUUCUCAACAAAAAUUAACAUGAAUACUUAAACGUAUCCUUUACAAAAAUCCCUGUUAUAUUUUUUUUACGGAAAAUUCAUAAAAACCAAGAUAUCCCGCCAGGCAGGCCCAUCGUCUCUGGGAUAGGUUCUAUAAUGUCCAACUUAUCUGAAUAUAUCAAUAUUUUAUUACAGCCAUCACUAAAAAUAAUGAAAUCCUACUUAAAAGACUCUAUGACCCUCCUGCGCUUUUUAAAUGAUUUUACUUGGGAUUCUGAUUACAUUUUAGUUACCUGCGAUGUACAAUCAUUAUACAGAAUUAUCCCCCACCAGAAAGGUUGUGAAGCAGUUUUUUCAAUUUUAAAAGAAGCCAAAUCUAUCCCUGACAAUCAAAUAAAUUUUAUCAUACAAGGCAUUCAAUUAAUUUUAAAUAAUAAUUAUUUUCGGUUUUAAGAUUCAUUUUACAUUCAAAAACAGGGAAAUGCGAUGGGGACCAGAUUUGCCCCCAGCUAUGCAAACCUUUUUAUGGCACAUUGGGAAUCUCAGGCCAUUUGGGGUGAGCAUACCUGGCGGGCAAAUCUGAUAACAUAUUUUAGAUACAUAGAUGACCUCUUUUUUAUAUGGAAAGGUACAGAGAAUUCCCUAACACAAUUUUUAAAUCAUCUUAACAACAACACACAUGGCAUAAUCUUAACCUCGGAACACAGUAAAAACAGCAUCAAAUUUUUAGAUUUAGAAAUUUUUAUUAAAGAAGGCAACAUCCACACCAAAACUUUUUUUUUUUUUAAAGUGUGCACAAAUACAGUAAUUGAACAAUCAAGCUGCUACUUUAAGCCUUGGUUGGAUAGCAUCCCCAAAAGCCAAUUUCUUCACCUUUGCAGAAAUUGUUCAGACACCAAGGAUUUCACAGAACAGGCCCAAUCACUGAAAGAAAAAUUUAUUGAUAAAAAUUACCCACAGACCAACCUAAAUAAAACUCUAGAAAUAGUCACUAAAAAAGACAGAAAGGAACUUUUAGAAUAUAAAUAAAAAAAUACAAAAGACUCUCCUUUUAUGCCUGUCAUUUUUAACUUCAAUAAUAGAAGUACAAGAAUCAAAAAACAAGCAUUGGCACAUUUUAAAAGAAGACGAUAUUUUAAAAGAACUCAUUCUUGAUAGGCCAAGUAUAGUUUUUAGAAGCGCUCCAAAUUUUAAAACUAUCCUCACCAAAAACUACACCAAAAUCCACACAAAGAAAAAUUCCACCUUUUUAUCUAAUUCUAAAGGUUUUUUUAAAUGUAAUACCUGUAUAGUGUGCAAAUCCACAGAUCACAAUAUAAAGACAAAAAAACACCAAUUUUACAUCCCACAACACAAAAAAAUCCUAUCCUACAAAAGAUAUUGUAAGCUGCAACAUACUAAAAGGCUGCCCUAACCACUCCGUGUCAAAACAUUUUUUAAUACAUGAUAAGAACCCUCAUUUUAUUAAAUGUAUAGGAAUAUAUUACACCCAUGGAGUGGUGGCGAUAUAAAAAAGAUUUUAGGUCAGAAAGAAAUGUACUGGGUUUUCCUCUUAAAAACACUUAACCCAGAAGGGUUAAAUGCUGACUUUGACCUUUAUAACUUUUUAUAAUUUUUCGUAAAGUCUUAUAAUUUUAUGAGUCUUUAUCACCUCUCAUAUAAUAUUGUAUGUAUUAUCCUGAUUAAUUUAUCUUAUGUUACUAUCCUUAUCUAACCAUGCAACCUUUUAGAAUACCAUGUAGUAGUGUACUGUCACUUUUAAUAUUAACUUGCUUAUUUAUUGAUGUACCUAAGAUUCUAUGUUAUGCUACUUUGCUAAAGAAAUAACCAGCCUUUUAAUAUUCUGUAUUAAUGCACCUUAAGUAACCUGUCACUUCUUCAUAUAUUCUCUAAUUUACUCCCCUUUAUCCAAUUGCCAUUUAUAUGUAAAUUUCAUGGAUCUAUUAAUUGCAUAGCUACUAGCUAGUCUAUGCUCUCCACUCCCCUUCUCCCCCCUUCCCCUAUCUCAUCCUGUAUUUCUUUAUUAGUCCCUGGUUUAGUCUGCCCAUUCAGGCUACUUCAGUAUAGCCAUUGAGCUGAUUCUAAUAAUGUUCGGACGUAAACCACGCCCACACACUCAUUUACCCUCCUUCCCCUACAGCCAUAUCAGCUGAAUACACUUCCCGGCCGACGGCAUCAUAACCAGGCCCCCGGCCAAACAACACGCCCAUUCCAUCUGCCUCCACACACUCCCCCUUAUCAGCCUGGCAGUUUCAUAUGGUACUCCCUAUAAACUACAUAUCCCAGUACCCCUAGCGGUACGUCGCGCGAUCAGCUGGGUUUCCAAAAUGGAUGCCGAUCACGCGACCAACGAAAAUAUCACUUUUUCCUAAUUUACAACCCUCGUUUUAACUUCAUAUUUUAGGGGAAGUUACCCUGAUAACCUAUCUACUAAAUUAUAUAGUUUGUUUUGUAUUUUGAAAAUUGCACUUCACUUUGAUGACGUCAUUUGGGUGCCAAACUCUGCUCAGAGUUCAAAAUCAGUCCCCCUAUAUAAACCCUACCCUAACAAUCAUGUUUUUUUGUCUCCACUUGAGAAAGCCUUCAUAGGUGAAACGCGUUGUGGAUAUUUUAAUAUUUUAUUCUAUAUUCCAAAUAAAGGUAUUUUGGCUACUUUUAACUCACUUGGAUUGUGCCAUUUUACUCUUUUUAUUCAUUAUUUUUAUUUUGCUUGGUAUCCUUAUUUUAUUCCUCCGGCUGAGUAUUACUCCAAAGACAUCCGAGGUGGGGAUUAUACCACUCACGCCUGAGCCAUUGAGCAGUCUGCCUGCUCAAUCCUAUGUAAGUACACAUUUUAUUAAUACUCCUUAUAUACCAUUUUUAUACAGCGAGCACUAUUAGUUGUCUCUUCUCUUUCAUGAUCUACAUAUCGAAACAAGACCCUCUAAACGUAUCCUACAAGCGGGGAUUAUACCGCUGUACGCCAUUCACACUAGAGCUGGUUUGAGCUCUACUUCACGUGAGUAGGACUAUAGUAGACUUUGUUGUCGUAUAUGCCACCUUUACCAGACGUAUUGUGCUAUCAUCUGUCUUUUUUUCCCCCCACAUAUGGAAUUAAAGACCAAUUCCUCCCUACGUAUCCUACAAGCGGGUAUUGUACUCCUGUAUGCCAUCCACACUAGAGCUAGUUUAGCUCUACUACACGUGAGUAGGAUUACUAAAGAUCUCUACUUCCUGCAAUUGAACACUUUGUAUCAGACAUAUUUGCACUAUCUCUUUCUCUCUUUACAUACGGAUCCUGAAAACAGUCUUCGUUUGGACCAUAGAGAGAAUAUUCCUCCACAAAAGCCGUCGGUGCCCCAUCAGUCCCAACUUGACACUUUGCUUUGGCACUACUUAUUCUCUGGACUUUGUUUAUUUUAGUCGUACCAUAGCCAGCUUUGGCGCAACCUUUUUCUAUUGUGUCUUGUGAAAUGGUGAACAGUGUGUGGGCCAAGAAAGAUGAGAGACUGUAACUCAUAAAAAGACAGACACACACAGUGUUUCUGAAAAACAUUUAGUUGUCUCUCUAAGCCGUAGUUUUUUUAAAUCUAUUUUUGUAGCAGUUAUCUGUUGCUGCUCUGCCCUAAGUGGCUAUAUGGAUGAGCUGUCACUGUUCAGAGAGACACACCUCAGACUUCAACUCUCUUCAACAGAUUUUGUUUAUAUUUCUUUUGUCACUGUGUCUGAUACAAUUCAUAGUAUUCAAAUAAUAGGGGUCCAGGCACUCCUUGUUUCAAGACAGGCACUUUUUUGAGAACCACAACAGCAACGUUUCGACCCCAAAUGGUCUUUGUCAAGCUGAUACAUACAUCAAUUUUACAAUAUAUAUAACAAACUUUAAACAAUCACAAUUAUGAAAUACACUUGUGAAUCAGUAUCCUAAGCAAGUAGUUUAACAGCUGGAAGUAGUAUAUUACUUAUCAACAAUACUCUGUUAAUUAUAUUAAUUAGAAAAAGAGUCUAAUAAUUAAUUGCCAAUAAUGAACAAGCUUUGAAAAAGAAAUGUAUACAUUAUUUUUAUGUGGAUACUGACAGAACAUCCAAGUGUAUAUAGGACAUAAAAUACACAUAUACAACAUAAAUACAGUACAAAGAUAAGACCAGAGUAUACGAGUACAGAAAUUUCCAUUAUCGAUUAGAAAUCCUUGAUCAAAAUCACAGAUUAUUAAUAUUAAGUAUCCUUAACACAUAAAGUGCUUCAAGUUCAAAUAGUUUUCAUAUAUAGAAGAAAGUGUGUAUAAAGAGAUGCCCUUAAGUAGGUUAUUUCCAUUAUCAAUUAAAGAUCCUUGAUCAAAAUUACAGAGUAUUAAUAUAAAGUAUCCUUAACACAUAAAGCACAUCAAAUUCACAGAGUUGUUAUGUGUAAGGGAAAGUGUAUAAAAAGAAUUACCCUUAAAUAGACUAGAACGACUCAUUUGGAGUCGAAGUGUAUAUAAUAUCUGCAUAAUCUAAAACUUUUAAAGAGACAAAGAUCGACUAUAAUCACUGUUAGUGAUAGAAAAGUGCAAAGUGUAUAGGAUUUAAACCAAUGUUCAACUGUGUUUGAAUUAGAUGAAUGGCUAUACAUAUAGAAGAAUGAAGCCAUUAAUUAUGAGAUUAAAAUAAGGAAGUAUAUUAUGAAUUAAAGGUAUACACACAUAUGAAAAAUUUUUUAAUUUGAUUCUUUUACCCAUGUCUCGUUUAGGUCUUGCAAUCAGUAGGUCCUGUUUCGUGACAGUUUUCAAUGUCAUUUUUUUUUCAUGCCAUUGUACAGAACACUGGUGAGACCUCACUUGGAGUAUUGUACGCAGUACUGGAGACCGUAUCUUCAGAAGGAUAUUGAUACUUUAGAGAGAAUUCAGAGAAGGGCUACUAAACUGAUUCAUGGACUGCAGGAUAAAACUUACCAGGAAAGGUUAAAGGAUCUUGGAGUAAAGACGAGACAGUGGGGAUAUGAUAGAAACAUUUAAAUACAUAAAGGGAAUCAACACAAUAAAGGAGGAGACCAUAUUUAACCCCUUAAGGACCGGGGACGGUUAAGGACCGGCAUUUUUGCAUUACCGACCGGUGACGGUCCUGAACCGUCCUAACGGUCAGAUGUACUUACCCGAUCGCCAUCGUUCUCCCGGCGGCAAUCGACGUUGCUCCCGAUGUGGGGAGACUGCCUACAGCCCAGUCAGUCUCCCUGUGGCGGAUUAGGACCCCUGGGGCCAUGUGAUCGCUCAACAGAACAAUAGGUGUCCAUGUGUCUGCCUGCAGGGGAACUGCCUGUGCUGACAAGCAGUCUCCCUGCUAGUGUAAAAUCAUAAAAAAAGUAAAGGUACAUGUUAAUAAAAAAAAUUAAUAAUUAUAUAUCUGUAUAUAAAUAUGAUAUAUAGACAUAUAUCAUAUUUAUAUAAUAUAUGUCUAUAUAUCAUAUAUAUAAUGUCAUGCUAAGUGUAUUUUUAUAUUAAUAUGUACAUAUAUUAAUAUAAAAAUACACUUAUAAUUAAAUUACACACGUAUAUAUAUAUAAUAUAUAUAAUGACUAUAUAUAUUGUAUAUAUAUAUAUUAUUAUAAAAUACAAAUAAUAAGUCAUUUAAAUUAAAUUAAAAAAAUUAAAAAUAAUAAAAAAAUUAUAUUUUGAUAUUAAUAUAUAUAUAUAUUUAUAUCAAAAUACACUUAGAAUGAAAUUGUAUAUAUAUCUAUGUAUAUAUAAAUAAAUAAAAAUAAUACGAAAUAUAGAAAUGUCUAUAUACAAAAUUACAUAAAUAAUUAUAUAAAUAUACACAUAGACUUCAAAUAUAUAAAUAUGCAUAUAUAUUUAAAUUCUACGUGCGUAUUUAUGUAAUAUUUUCACAUAAUUAAGUAAUUUUAUUGAUUGCAAUUUGAGGGACCUGCCUGCCAACCCAGGCCGAAAGUCCAGAGAAUUUAAUUUGCUAGCACUGUCCUGUUACGUUCUAGGACACCCUAAAACCUGUACAUGGGGGGUACUGUUUUACUCGGGAGACUUUGCUGAACACAAAUAUUAGUGAUUCAAAACAGUAAAACAUAUCACAGCGAUGAUAUUGUCAGUGAAAGUGAUUUUUUUUGCAUUUUUCACACACAAACAGCUCUUUUAAUGAUGAUAUAAUUGUUGUGAUACGUUUUCCUGUUUUGAAACAGUAAUAUUUGUGUUCAGCAAAGUCUCCUGAGUAUAACAGUACCCACCAUGUACAGGUUUUAUAGCGUUUGUGAAAGUUACAGGGUCAAAUAUAUGUGUCAAAUAUUUUUACAUUGAAAAUGGCCAGGUUGGUUACGUUGCCUUUGAGAGUGUAUGGUAGCCCAGGAAUGAGAAUUACCCCCAUGAUGGCAUACCAUUUGCAAAAGAAGACAACCCAAUGUAUUGCAAAUGGGGUAUGUCCAGUCUUUUUUAGUAACCACUUAGUCACAAACACUGGCCAAAAUUAGCGUUCAAUUUAGUUUUUUACUUUUUUCACACACAAACAAAUAUGAACGCUAAAUCUGGCCAGUGUUUGCGACUAAGUGGCUACUAAAAAAGUCUGGACAUACUCCAUAUUGAAUACCCUGGGUUGUCUACUUUUAAAAAAAUAUGUACAUGUGUGGUGUUAUUCAGAGAUUUAUGACCGAUAAUAGUGUUACAAUGCCACUACUGAUAAAUUUUAGAAAUGUAUGUUUUGAAACCGCAAUAUCCUACUUGUACUUAUAGCCCUAUAACAUGCAAAAAAAUAGCAAAAAAACACGUAAACACUGGGUAUUUUUAAACUCAGGACAAAAUUUUGAAUCUAUUUAGCAGUUUUUUUUCAUUCGCUUUUGUAGAUGAGUAAAAGAUUUUUCAAGUAAAAGUAAAAAAACAUGUAUUUUUUUUAAAUUUUUCAUCAUAUUUUUGAAUUUUUUAAAAAUUAAAUUACAUGAGAUUAUAUAAAUAAUGGUAUGUAAAGAAAGUCCUUUUUGUCCUGAAAAAAACCAAUAUAUAAUUUGUAUGGGAACAGUAAAUGAGAGCACGGACAAUUACAGCUAAACACAAACACCACAAAAGUGUAAAAGGAUGCCAUGGUCGCAAAUGUACAACAUUGCAAAAACAGUCCGGUCCUUAAGGGGUUAAAAGAAGAAAAACUACCACAACAAGAGGACAUAGUCUUAAAUUAGAGGGGCAACGGUUUAAAAAUAAUAUCAGGAAGUAUUACUUUACUGAGAGGGUAGUGGAUGCAUGGAAUAGCCUUCCAGCUGAAGUGGUAGAGGUUAAUACAGUGAAGGAGUUUAAGCAUGCGUGGGAUAGACAUAAGGCUAUCUUAGAUAUGAGACUAAUGAAAGUAUUUUAGAAAAUUGGGCAGACUAGAUGGGCCGAAUGGUUCUUAUCUGCCGUCACAUUCUAUGUUUCUAUGUCUAUGUUUCUAUUAUAAUAUCUUUGAACAGGGAGUUAAAAGUAAAGGAAAAUGUACAAUAUGUUGUGCUUUGUCAAACAGCUGAAAUGUAUUGUUUAUAAUUAUUGAACUCCCGUACAAUCCAAAAGUUAAAAGCCACUUGCAUGGACAUCAGUAUUCAAAAUUCAUCUAGAAAUAUAUUUUCAUAUACAUUUUUUUCCCUUAAUAGAUUACUGGUGUUUGGAAGACUUGUACCGUGACAUGGUAAAGAGGUAUAUUGAUGCUGUAGACAAGUUGCAAGGGCGACAACAAGAUCCAGCAACCAUUGAAGGAUGUUCACAAUUAAAACCGGAUAAUUAUUUACUUGCCUGGCAUACCCCAUUCAAUGAAAAAGGUUUGUGACUAUAAUGUUUAAAACAUUGUUAUGCCAAUAAUUCAGAUUGUAGAAUAUUAUAUCACUGUAUUGCAUUUAUAGGUGUUGUGUAUGUAUGUUGUGGUUGAGACCAACAACUUGAUAGAACUGGCAUAAAUGUCAACUGAAUAGAUUUAGGGCAAAACAAAUGCUGAUACACAAAAAAUUAAGACUCCCACUACUCUUAGGCGGCGGCAAUGACCAUAGUACACAUCAGCCCCAAUACAUCAAUACAAUAAUACAAUACGUCAAGGCAAACCCCUUAGGUGGGUCUUACACUAACAAUUCACCUUGCUUCCUUGAGCUUCAGAACAAGUGCUGCCUUUGAGUUAGAGAACAGAUUCACAAAGGUUGAAUUUUGAAGGAUAACUCCGCUAUAAAUGCAAGUUUACUGGAAUGUUUGGAGAAGUUCAAAUGUUCGAGUGUUUAGAGAAGAUUGCCAUAAGGUUGGCGCUGUCUUGAUGGCUGGAAAUACAGAUUGUUACUAUUUCUAUGUUUUAAAAAUAAUCUAAAACUAAAAUAUUUAAAAUUUUGAUUCACAAGAUUCAUCAAGUGUUCAGCAUAUCUAGGAAAUAACUUUGUUAUUCGGCACUCUGGACAAUGGUUUCUUUACAGAACAGACACCAGCUUGCACACUUCCCUAAACAGCUCAUGUUUAAAGAUCUGUACUUCAAGUAGUAUUUAGCAGGGAAGUUAAUGUCAAUGGAUGCUUACAGUCAAUUAACAGAACUAAGUUGUUCUUUGUUUUGAUGAUACCAUACCAGAAAACAGUUAGGGAAAGGAAAAUAUUAAGGUGUUUCUCCAUGUGCCAUAACCAAUUCAUUGUUUUGAAGUGGUAAUGGUUCUCGGUGUCUAAAUGUGCAGCAUUAAAGUAUGAAACGCGGGGGUGUGGCCUGACAGCCGAUGAGUCCGGUCGAGCUUUGCUAGAGCUCCGCUCCACCGGCACCAUAAGCUACAAUUAGAGACCUCUAUUUGGGCGAACCCUUCUUCCCUGAUACCCUAAUAUGGAACGGAGACCCCCCAAGAAGCAGGCUAAGAGGGCCACGGAGCCCGGGGGUUCCGUUCUGGACCUCCUUACAGCGCAUCGUCACGGCAGGGCAGGCAGCCAAGAUGGCGACGGAGGCUCCGUUCACUCCUCGCCUGGCGCCGAUAGAGCUGCCCUGUCGGCGGAUCAGAGCGAUAUAAUCGCAAAACUGGCUGAGGUGAAAGCCUUCCUCGCGGGGGAAAUCGCCAAAUCUACGGCCAUACUUCAGGCUGAUAUCUCCGCCCUGGGAGAGCGCACAGCCAAAUUGGAAGACCGCAUGGAGGCGACCACCCAGGCCCACAAUGGGGUAGCCGAUAGGGUUAACCGCAUGACCACUCAUGUGGUCGACAUGGACCUGGCCCUGGAGGAUAUCACUAACCGCUCUAGGAGGAAUAAUCUUCGCCUGAGGGGCUUACCUGAAGGGCCGGAUGAAGAUCUGCAAGAGCUCUUGCUCUCAAUUUUUAAGCCUCUCCUUCCGAACAUCCCGGAGGAACAGUGGCAUAUUGAGAGGGCACAUAGAGCGAUGAAAACGCUGAGGACAGAUGCAAACACCCCGAGGGAUGUUAUAAUAAACUUCCUCUAUUUCAAGACAAAGGAAGCCUUGAUGAAGAAGGGCAGGGAUGGGCCUAUCCGGCACGACGGAGCCCUGAUCUCUCUCUUCCAGGACCUGGCCCCCUCAACGCUACAGAGGAGGAGGGACUGGCGGCCUAUCACUGGGGCUCUGCGUGGAGCGGGCCUGAAAUAUGCAUGGGGCUUCCCCUUUAAAUUGAUGGUGUUUCGCGACGGCAGAGCCCACAUAUUGUCGCCUGGAGGAGACCCGAAGCGUCUGUUCCAGGGUCUGGGAAUUCCACCACCCCCAGACCUUCCCGACCUAGCGAUGGAACCGGAGGAGCUUCCACACCUUCAGGCAGAGUGGCGUGGAGUGGGAUCUAGGAGCCAGCGCUGAUCGUCGGCGGUAUCGUAUACCACCUUCUGCCUCCUUGCCCCUAUUUUUUUCUCCCCGUAUGUAGCCGGGCAUUUUUGUUGUCUGUGGGGUGGGGGCUCGGAUAUGGGUUUUUCUGGAUGGCAUGCUACGUCCGUUUCUUUUUGAUGUGGCGGCCAUCCGCCACCUGAGGGUUGAUUUUUCCUCUUAGGGAUACUGGGGUCAUGGCUCUUAUUGCUUGGGAGGGGGUUUGGGGUCACGGGUUAUGGCAUGUUUUUUUUUUCGGGACCCUGUUCUCUUUUAUUCCCCUUUGCCCCCUAUAAAGCGGCCUGGUCCCGCCCGCCCGGUUCCUUCUGUGGCCCCCGGGUCGCAGGGAUGGAUAGUGGGCUCUGCCUCUCUGGAGUCGAAACUCUUCCCCUCGGGGCUAGGCCUCUGGGGCCUCAUGUCCCCUUCUGACAAGGACGGGCGUGGGGAUAUUCAUACGGAUACCUGAAGAAUAAGUUCUUCCUCUGUUUUCUUUUGACAAUGCUGCUCCGUUGUGAAAAUUGCAUACUAUGUUGUUCUUUUUUUCUUUCCUUUUUAUAUGUAUUAUUUAUUAUUAUUAGCGACCUGUGGUUUGCAGGGCAUGUUGCUCUUUUAUCCCUCCACUGGGUGUAACUAUGUGUAAAAAGCAAAUAGGGAAAAAUACACAAAUCAUAAACAAAAGAAAGUGAGAAGUAAAAAUAACAGAUGGACAAGAGGACAGGUAAAAUAAAGGGAAAAAUAAAGGAAAAACAAGAAGCAAAAGAUCAAAAAAAAAGGAAAAAAAAGGAAAAAAAAGAGAGGAAAAAGGAGGGGAAAAAUAAAAUAAAAAAAGAAUAAAAACAGAAAAAUCAGAAAAUAAAAAGAACACACACUCUGAAACAGGACCAUGCAGCCACCACACCGACAAAAUAUAGAUAUACAAAAGGGGAUAAAGUUGACCGAGACACGUGGAGAUUUCGUGUUAAUGGGGGAUGGGGGAGGGAGUGUUCACGGUCACUCUGCAACUGGGGCCAGUGGGGCAGGGGGUGGGAAGGGGUGGGGGGUAGUAAGGGCACUGGACGAGGGAGUAGAGUGUAACCCAAAAGUGAUACCUCAAUUCCCUUAUCUUUGUAAGUUAAGCUGCACUAUUGCGACAGGUUCAAAACUAUGAAAAGUUCAUAACUGGUAAUAGAUGUUCGAUAUUGCUAACAAAUAGUAUCCCGACCCGAGCUCUUUUCAACUAUAGCUAGCCGCCCACGGGGGUCAUAUGACAUUUCUACCGCUAUUUUAGGGCGUUAUUGGGGACAUGGUUCAGAUGGCCUUAUUCAUUGAGCUUCCUGGGCUCUCGCCCGAGACCCCUAUUUCUUAUGUACAGGUGGGCGGUUUGGGAAAGCGGGAGGGGCUCUCCGUGGGUGGCUUGCUAGCCGCGGGGUCGCUUCCUGUGCGGCUGCUUGCCCCCGCUGGCCGGUCCAGAGUUCCUCUCUGAGGGGCCUGGCCGGCGGGGGUGACUGCCCGCCCGGGGGGGCGAUCCUCGUGGUGGUUGGGGGGCCUGACGUGCCUUGAAUAAGUUGCUGUAGGGGAGUAAUGUGGGCGGCUAGUUUUAUUCCUACCUCUAUUCUUACCCCUAUCUUUAGUUUGAUUUGUUUGGACCCUUAUAUCAUUCUUUUGCGCUCUAGCCUUGGAUAAGGUUAGAUUGGGCGUCAGAUUCCCCGCAGAUGGGUUCACACGUAUCCCCUCUCUUUCCCUGAUCUAAGACCGCAGUGGACGGGCAGCGAGCGCCACGUGUCCAGAGUAAAUGGACUGCAAGUGACGGGGGAGACUAGACGUUUAUUAUGAUAUGACCGUGGUCGUACUGACAGGGGGAAAUGGGGGAGGCUGGGUAGAGGGGACAGGGUUGGGGAUUUCCCAGGGCGCAGGGAAGAAUGUUAUAAAUGGAACAGUAACUUUCUUCAAUAAAAUAUGAAAAUUGAAAUGAAUUGAAAUAAUAAGGUUUCAAAACACAAGAAACACGUUACGGGGAGGAGGGAGCAAGUGAGGAACACAACCAGAACCCGAAUUUAUUACACCUUAGUUCAGCACGUUAAGAAUCGAUUAUCACUGCAGAAUAUCUCCUUUUGUAAAUAUAACACCUUGUAACAAUUAAUACGUAAGGCAUGUAGCCUCUAUGAUUGCCCUGUUGUUUUACUCUGCUUUCACCCCAUUUUGAUUGUUUCGGACUCACUGCCUCACUGUGCUACUGUUGUUGACUGUUCGGGUUUUAUGGAAAGCCGUUUAAAGAGGCUCCACAGGGAGGUAGAGGGGAGGGGUCUUUACCUAGCGGGUGUGGACUGUAAUGCUAAAAGAUACGGAGAGUGCACAUCCACUAUCACGUGACUGGGCCUGAGGGGGGUGGUGGUAUGGCGGUGAGGCUCCUGGGCAGAGCCAGAACUAAUGGAGGGUGAGGGAGAGGUGCCCAUAGACUAACUAAUACGAUUACACUGCCUGAUAGCACAGAGGUCUGAGUAUCACAUAAGUGGUGCCUAGUUGGAAGAGCUCAGGAUUCCAUUGUUCCUCCCAACGUUGAUCGUGGCAGGGCAGUGGGAUGACGUUCCCCAUAUCAUUCUGGCAUCUGAUAAGACCAGAAAUUCUGUGCUUCGGACUGUGUCCGGAUGCUGUUUUUUUUGUUCUAUUUUAUCUUCCUUUUUCUCCUUAUUUUCUUCCUCUUCCUAUUCUCUGGAGGGAUGGUGGGGGCGGGGGCCUAUCAAUAGGGUUUCCAUGGAACCACGACAGGGGUCGAGUCGCGAACGGUGGUAUCGGAGACACUUACAGGGCCGUAACUAGUCAGCCUGAUGGAGAUUAAGAUAUUAUCUCUGAACGUUAAGGGCUUGAACACCCCAAGGAAGCGCAGACUCCUAUUCAAAGAACUAAGAAGAAUGAAAUUGGACAUCGCGUUUAUCCAGGAGACCCAUUUGCCUAAACAGGCCAAGUUCAGGUUGAAAGACCAUGCUUUUGUUGGUUCCUACGAAGCUAGGUCCCACCGCAAACGCAACGGGGUGGCGAUCCUUAUAAAAAGUAGUUGCCCCUUCCGGGAAAUGCAUUACGAAGCGGACACGGAAGGACGUUUCGUCAUUGUCUCGGGGGUACUACAUUCACAUGCCAUUCACUUAGUUAACAUCUAUGCACCGAACCAACCGGACUCGGGGUUUUGGAAAAUGAUCCAGGAGAAAAUAUCUGGGCUGCCUCACGGAAUGUUAUUCUUGGGAGGAGAUUUCAACGCUGCCCCGAGCCCCGCCAUAGAUAGGAGUUCGCGGACGGGUACCCCUAGGUCACAGGGUAGGGGCGGUCAGGAUCGCCUACUUAAGGCCUUCAUAGCUGAAGUGGGGUUGGUGGACAUAUGGAGAGCCCAGCACCCAGGGGUAAGAGACUAUACUUUCUACUCGGCCCCCCAUGGAACGUAUUCCAGGAUUGACCUUUUCCUGACUAAUGCAGCGGGCAUGUCCCGAACAGCCGGAUCACAGGUGGGCAAUAUAACUUGGUCAGAUCACGCCGACAUAUCCAUCACGCUGGGCAACCUCUGCGUUGCUUCGCCGUGGACGUGGAAACUAAACUCGUCAUUGUUUCGUCACCCGGACAUCUUGGAACAGACCAGGAAGGGAAUUGUAGACUACUUUGAGUGGAACACCACCCCUGACGUGAGCGCAAGCACGAUCUGGGCGGCCCAUAAAGUGGUCAUUAGGGGGACCUUGAUCAAACUGGCCACCAGACAAAAGAAACUGAAACACCAGCAACUGGAAUCUUUGCUGGGCCAACUCAGCACCCUGGAACAUAAGCACCAAACGGCGCCAUCAGCAAACAUCUUCGCGCAAUUGGAAGCAGCACGUAGGAACAUCCGCACUUUACUAUUAGAUGACACGGCAAAAGCCAUGACCUGGUCGAAACGGACUUUUUUCGAAAAGGCGAACAAAAUGGACACCCUUUUAGCAAGAACGCUUAGGCCAAGGCAAGGAAGGACUCACAUAACGGCGAUCAAACAUCCUGAUGGCACGACAAGAACGGGACCUGUGGAGAUUGCUAAGAUUUUCGAAGACUUCUACGGAAAGUUGUAUAACCACACUCCGGAUGGAAGUCCGCACGGGAUACGCGAGGAGGAAUAUAUCAUACGAUACCUAGAAGGCUUAGGGUUGGCUAAAUUGAGUGGUGAGGCAACACGUUCUCUGGCAGAGGACAUAUCGGAAGAUGAAGUUGACAAGGCCAUCUCGAAUCUAAAUGGCAACAAGGCACCGGGACCAGAUGGUUUCGACGGCUCAUACUACAAAACAUUUAGAGAAGAACUCACACCACAAUUGGUCCGACUUUUUGACAGCUUAUGGCAGGGCGGACAACUGGCAUCUGAUAUGACACUGGCGACUAUAGUUCUCUUGCCUAAGCCCGGAAAGGACCCUCUAUACCCAGAGAACUACAGGCCCAUCUCAUUGAUCAAUCAUGAUCUGAAGAUUUUGGCGAAAAUACAGGCCGACAGACUUAACCCGUUGCUGGUUUCUCUCAUCCAUGCAGAUCAGGUUGGGUUUAUCCCAAAUAGACAAUUGUUUGAAAAUACUAGGAGGAACGUGGAUCUGAUCUGGAAACAAAGGACAUCAAGGACCCCCACGUUAGUGGUAUCCUUAGACGCUGAAAAGGCGUUCGACAGAGUUCGGUGGCAAUUUCUUUUUCCAGUUCUGAAGUGCAUGGGCUUCCCAGAGGAAUACUUAACUACAACGAAAGCAAUGUAUGAUAACGUGCGGGCACAAGUACAGAUAACGGGUGCCCCGUUCCACCCAUUUCGGCUAUACAAUGGCACGAGACAGGGUUGCCCGCUCUCGCCCCUCCUUUUCGUUUUGGCGUUGGAGCCUCUACUUCACGCGAUACGUCAACAUCCAAACAUUAAGGGUGUAAGAGUGGGGGAUAAAGAUUUCAAGGUAUCAGCCUACGCGGACGACGUUCUCUUAACCAUCACGACUCCGUUAGAAUCGAUGACCGCACUUAAGGGAGUCAUUCUAGAAUACGGAGGACUAUCCGGUUAUAAAGCAAACAUCCAAAAGUCCAGUGCGCUCCCGAUAUGCCUGACACAAGAUGAAACAGCUAGGUUGCAGGAGGUAUACCAAAUCCGUAUGGAAACAGACUCCCUAAGGUACCUAGGGAUCAACAUAACGGCUGACCCAGAACGUCUAUAUGCAACUAAUUACGCCCCCAUGCUUAGAGCGCUGACGGAGGACCUAGACAAAUGGGUGGACAAACCCAUUUCCUGGAUCGGUAGGAUACAUUCUGUAAAAAUGAACAUCCUCCCGCGCUUACUGUUUCUUUUUCAGGCGCUACCCAUCCGAAUCACGAAGACACAAUUGCUUCCCUUGCAAAGAUCAAUAGGGAACUUUAUAUGGCAGAACAAGAGACAUAGAAUUUCCAAACAGGUACUGUAUAGGCGAAAAGAUAGAGGGGGCUUGGGCUUCCGAACCUCUUCUUUUAUUACCUAGCGGCACAACUAACGCAGAUAGCCAUGUGGCAUUCCGCUCCUGAGGAGAGGCGGUGGGUGGAUAUCGAAUCUAUGAUGGUGGGGGUGGAUGUCCCCCAGUUCACAAUGUGGGUCCCCAGAGAAUACAGACCGGAAAUACGGAUAACAUGCCCAGCGAUCCUCAAUUCGAUACGCAUAUGGGACAUGUGUAACGCCAAAUAUAAGCUGGCAUCAUCCCCUUCUCCUAUGACCCCACUUCUUAGGAACAGAGAAUUCCCCCCUGGUAUGACCCCCAGGCACUUCUGCAACAUCGAACGUGCUGGACUGCAACGGUUGAAUCAGCUGUUUCAUAAUGGAGAGAUCGUUCAGUUCGCGGACCUUCAAUUGGGUAAUCACCUGACUCCAGCGGAUUUUUUCCGGUACAUCCAAAUACGAGACUUCGCCCAAAAACCAACCAUUAAAAAGGCUGCAAUGGAGACUCACACUUUCUACGAGAGAAUAUGUUCGGACGGGGCAACCCCCAAGGGGAUGAUCACAUUAUUGUACGCACACCUCAGUGAAGAAAAUGGAGAAUGGGGAAGACUAACGUAAACUGUCCAAUGGGAGAAUGACCUCGGUGAGACCUUGGAGGGGCUGGAGUGGCAAGAGAUUUGGGAGGCAAAUGCUAAGGUUUCAAUAUGUGUCACCCUACAGGAGCAGGCGUGGAAAACUAUGUUCCGAUGGUACACCACCCCAAUUCAAUUACAUAGGAUGCACAAACUAGACACAGAUGAUUGCUGGAGGGGUUGCGGAGACCAAGGAACGUAUUUACACAUGUGGUGGCAAUGCUCAAAGAUACGCGGAUUCUGGAAGUCUGUGGAGGAUUUAUUGAAGCAGAUAUUUGAUAAGCCUCUGAGGUUAGACCCCUGGACCUACUUAUUAAAUAGAUCUGUGGAUGGGUGGUCCACUCGGGAACAGAAAUUAGUACACAAGAUUACUUUGUGCGCGCGUCGAGCGAUAGCGACAGCAUGGUUCACUUCAGAGGGCCCGGAUUUCGCAGGGGUAAUCUCCAGAAUUAAAGAAUGUAGAAUUAUGGAUGAUUUGACAGCAAGGGUGAGGGGGACCACCGCAACAUUCCAAAAACUCUGGGAACCAUGGGACAAUAGCGUAUUUGGAUCGAGCGGAGAUUGAAGGCAUACCCCAACUGGUGCUGACCGCGACGAUAUAUCGCCGGUUGGGGUGCUGCCACCAGCGGAGAGAUGGUGGGCCCGCCGUUUCCCCCUCAGUUCCCUCUUUUUCCUUUUUCAGCCUGGACUAGGCACUACUCGUUCUCUCUCUAAUCCUUUUUACUUCCUCUUUUUCUUCCUUUUUCUUCCUUUUUUUCUCUUAUUUCAUCGUUUCAUGUGAUUUGUUUUUUCAGGCUAGACCAAUGAUUGGAGGAACAAGGUAACACACUUAGGAAGUUGAUCAGCAAAUAUGAUGGCUACUUAACUUUUGCAGAUUAGCCUGUACCUUUAUCUACCAUAAGUUUCCCCGACAAACGGAGAGAGCCAAUACUAAGUUACAAUUAUAUGCAAACGACAACCACAACGAUUACUUUUUUCUUAUAUUAAAUUGUAAUUUAAUAGGCCUCUAUAUUAGCUCGAAAGUGACCGUAUAACUGUCGAAUUACCCGAUCAUUGAUGUACAUCCUAGAAGGGGGUAAUUAAAAAAAAAUCUAAAAACACCUCGAUAGACGGCAGGUGCCAGUAGAUUCAUUAAAUGGCGGAGCACACAUUGUCCUUGCCUUGUCUUUGUUGUUUACUCUUUGUGUUUUAUUUUCUCGGCAAACUUUGCAAUGUUCCCACAAUGUUGAACAUGUUGGCUUCUGCGUAAGCCUGAAAGUUGAUGUACACUUGCUGAUUCUAUUGAGUAAAAAUAAAGAAUUUAAAAAAAAAAAUAAAGUAUGAAACGCUGCUCAUACAGAGAUAUCUAGGCUAGCUGCCAGGUGUGUAACUCCACCUCCAGCGGCAUCAUUAUGCCAGGUGUGUAACUCCACCUCCAGCGGCAUCAUUACGCCAGGUGUGUAACUCCACCUCCAGCAGCAUCAUUAUGCCAGGUGUGUAACUCCACCUUGCACGGCAUCAUUAGCCAGCGGACUGGCUAAUGUCAAUUAUGUGCAGAUUCCAUGCACAGACCAUCAUUCUGAGAGCGCUCAAAUGAUCGGCACCUGUUUUUUGCGGCUCUACAGAACCCAGGUGCAAGUCACGCAGUAUGGCAAAACGCUCUGUGCCCAAUGUGACCCAGGUAAGACGCAAAGUGUUGCAAAACCAUUUGCUCCAUUACCGUGGCGCAUCAUUACCACUACAGUGUGCUUUAGUAGUUAUAAUGUUCGGAGUAACCCUUUAGAAAAAUGUGUCUCAAAAGAGAAGCCUUGUAUUUAGCUGGCAAUACAGUGUGAUUUCACAUGCACUGAAUUCCGAGUACAAGCUGGGCUUAUUAUUGUAAUCAAUGAUUUAUUUACUAAAAACAGGAGACAAAUAGAACGGAUUAAUGGUACGUGCCUGUGCUCAGUGAAAAGUAAUGAAAGUAUGAGGAAAACAUUCUAAAAAUAGACAAAUCAGCAAGACCAUGUUUCAUGGCAAUUACAUCACCUUUGAACUAUUUUUUCAGUUUUUGCUUGUACAUAAACUAUUAUACCUCCAUUUUUGAAGCUUUUAAAUCUCAAGCUCACUCUACCCGGUAUUUGGUCUGUUACUCCAUCAGUAACAGCUGUCCACAAUUCUCGCUAUAUCUGUAUAGUUAUAUUACAGAAUGAACAAAACAUUCUGGGUAACAGUAAUCUGAUACUGGAAAUUUUGGAAUUGUAAUCCUUAUUGCACACAGUCUCUAACCCCUUGUCCAUUUAUACAUACAUAUGUCAUCUAAAAAUGAACUGGUUUACUUCUUUCACAGAUAAAAUGUUACAAAUGUACUUUGCGUAAUGUAGCCAUUUCCUAUAUUGUAGAGAUCUAUGUUUUACUUUACAUUUGUUCAUCAUUCCUAGAUAGACUUGCAGUUCCGCAGGUACUCUUAUCUAAAAAUAAAAUGCAUGUCGACAUUGUAUAUUAGAAAGGCAUUAUAAUGCCCAAUAGAAAUUGUGUUGCAGUUAAUGAUAUAUUAAAACUAUGUGCAUCCAAAUUGUAUUCUACCAUGGGGCCACAUUUAGAAGGAACAUAUCUGGUGUUAUAUCACAGGCACCCUUAGCCAAAAAUAAAACCUGUAGGGGUCCUUCUGGCCAAUCAUUUUUAAACAAAAAGGGGUUACAGAUGCAUUGAUUGUUAUGGAUGUGUUAAACCUUUGUUAAGGUGCAAAAUAAACCCUGUCCCAGCUAUAUUUCUAAAAUGAAAAUUGAUCACAGAAGAAGCAAUUACUAGACAUGUAAAAGAGGUUUCAUUGCUUCUUUGAUUAUUUUUGUAGGUUCAGGAUUUGGAGCAGCAACCAAAGCCAUGUCUAUUGGAAUGAGAUAUUGGAAACCAGAGAGACUUGAGACACUAAUUGAAGUCAGUAUUGAAUGUGGGAGAAUGACUCACAACCAUCCAACAGGUAGUAACAGCAAUUACUAUAACCAAUGGCAGGUGCCAUCUCUGUAUUACGCCAAUAUUGGCUGUUGUGCCUACCUAAACAUUUGAGGUCAUGUUCAAAUGCUGUACACAUGCAUAUCAAAAUGCAAUAAAUGCUAUUCAAAACGUAUAUACAUGUUAUAUCUUAUCUAUUUGUAAAUGUAAAGAACUUUACCAACAUAUCCAGUUGUUACAGUAAGUUCUCUUACUGAAAAUUACUGGUAACAUUUUCCAAUAAAUCAGUCUAAUAAAAUAAAAAGUAGGAGUUUCCAAUAAAAUAUGCAUUACGUUAAUUCUCACCUCUAGAAUCAAAGGUCGAAUUGUAGACUAAAUUGAACCACUACGUAAAAGGAAUUAUUUGACAAAAAAAAAAAAAACCUUGUCAGAGCAAAUAUAAAGAGAACAAUAGCAUUGUUGUCCCUGCCCCUUCUUGUAAACCAAAACUUGUCACUAAAUAAUAGUUUAGUUUGUUAGUUCACUAAUAAAUGUUUUGUUUACCUGUUGUGCAGCACUACAUGUUGUAUGUUUUUUAUUUAAAAACAAAAAACAAAAAAAACAACUAGCAAGGUUGUAUACCUGAUGGGAUGAAUACCUCUAGAUCUGUUGAGGGAUUUUGUUUUAUAUAUUAAUUUUAUCAUUGAAUGUAUUUAUAUAGUACCUACAUUUUCUACCGUGCUAAAUACAUUGUAUUAAAGGGACUGUCUAAAAAGUCCUACAUCAUAAAAAAUGCCCCACUGUUAAAAACUGAUAUUACGUUUUAAUGUUUGGGGUGUUUGUAAACCCCUUCACAUACCAGACUCCCCACCCACAACCCUAAAAAUAAAGUUUACGCACCUUUUUCUUCAGUGUCCUCUCAUGCCGCUGUCUGCUCUGACCCCCGGAGACUGUCAAUGACAACAACCUCCCUAACUCUCUGGUUGAAAAUGGUUUAUGCUUGUAAAUUGACACAAAUGUUCCUGUCAGAGGUGGCGAUUGCCCAAUAGAAUGCUCCUCAUUAGAAUAAUGCAUCCCUAUGCUGAAAUGUUUUAGGUGUCUGGAGUGUCCCUUUAAUGUUGCAGUUUUGGUGCAUAGAAACUUUCCCUUUCCACUUACCAUAUAUAUAUAUAACAUGCCCUUUCUGAGAAAUGGAAGUGUUUUUAUCUUUGGUUGAAAAAUGCCUCUAGUGGCUAUGAGACUGACAGCUGCUUCCUUCUGAAGACAUUAGAUUUUCAAAGGACUUCGCAUUGGGUGCCAUCACACACAAUAUGAUAAUACUGAAUACAGGUAAUAUUUCAUAUAAUAUUUGCUGUGAGCCUUCCUCAUCUAUUGUCACAUAUGUAACUAAGGAGCAGAUCCAGAGCCUAAUCUCGGGAGUGCCACUGGUAGAUUAUUUAAAGGAACACUCAAGGCACAAUAAACACUACAGCCUUCUGUGGAGGUCAGUAGUCAAGCCAUUUAAGAAUAGUUUGAAAACUUACCUGGGGUACACCAGAUGCGGCAACACUCUAAUACAGCCUGAAGUACAGACCAAGCUUCCCUUCUCCCCUGGACAUUAUUGGCCAGCUAGGGAGCCGGGCCAUCGCAGCCAUGCCUUGCCCUGACAUCCCCCCUGGACCUGCUCCUGAUGUAAAUCAUGAUAAAGUGUAGCUGUUUUUAUAUAUAGAGUAUUCCUUUAAUUAACAAGACAUUGACAAAACUUUGACAGAUACAGUAACAGAGAUGUAAAGCAUGUUUUUGUUGUAACAAACUCCUCUAUUCCCGUAAAUUUAAAAUAAUCUAAAAAGUGCAAUAAAGAGCAAUAAAAUAAAAUAAUAAAAGAACAAGUCAUCCACUUAAAGGACCACUAUAGGCACCCAGACCACUUCAGCUUAGUGAAGUUGUCUGGGUGCCAGGUCCAUCUAGGAUUAACUAGGCCUGCUGUAAACAUAGCAGUUUCAGGGAACUGCUAUAUUUACAAAUGGGUUAAUCCAGCCUCUAGUGGCUGUCUUAUUGACAGCCGCUAGAGGCGCUUCUGCGCUUCUCACUGUGAUUCUCACAGUGAGAAGACGCCAACUUCCAUAGGAAAGCAUUGUGAAUGCUUUCCUAUGGACUGGCUGAAUGCGCGCGCGGCUCUUGACACGCAUGCGCAUUCAGCCAAUGAUGGUCAAAGGACUAGGAGAGUCCCCAGCACUGAGGGAGCCCGGCGCUGGAGAAAGGUGAGUUUUAACCCCCUUCCUCUCCAUUCAGCCCGGCGGGAGUGGGACCCUAAUGGUGGGGGCACUCUCAGGGCACUAUAGUACCAGGAAAAUGAGUUUGUUUUCCUGGCACUAUAGUGGUCCUUUAAUUAAAGAAGAUAUUAAAUAAGCCAGUUAUAUUAAUUGGAAUAAUUUGACAUGUAGGGGAGCAUUUACUAGCCAGUUUCAAUAAUAAAAAAAAAUUAAGCCCUGUGCUCAAAUUCCCACUACUCUGGGCAACAGCGAUGGUACACAUCAGCCUCAAUACAUAAAAUUUACAAAACACAAAGGAAAAAAGUUACUUGCACACUAUCGCAAAUCCCUAUGCACAUUUAAAUAAUGGAAGGGUUUUUAGUAUCACUCCAAUGGCCACUAAAGUGUAAGCUCACUUGCCACAUCAAGGCAAAACAUUAACAAUUCACAUUGUUGCUUUCAGUUAAUAGGUAAAAUCUCUAAUGAGACAGAGUGGGGUAUUUUUCUAAUUUGGGCUGAUGUGUACUAUAGUCAUUGCUGUCGCCCAAGAGUAGUAGGAGUUUGAACGCGGGGCUUAAUUUUGUAUAUUUGUAUUUGCUUUUAAAACCAAAAAUAAAGUGUGUUGUGCCUUUAAGACUACAAUUAUUUGAUAAUUCUUACAUUAAUACCAUAUAAAUGUGUAAAAUAAUUAAGUAAUAUUAGUGCAAUGAUUUAUGAGUGACAAAGUGCACUUGUGAGAAAACCACACUUAUUUGUGUAAUGUGCAAAUAUUAGAAAACACCUUUUUUAACUCACUUACGAGUAACCAUUUUGCAUGUAUCAAUGCUUCAAUAUGAAUCUCAAAUAGAAAGAAAAAACACAAACUCAUAGGGCGAUAUGUAUAUAUACACAAAAUUAAAUUGAUAUAAACCAAAACACUCACAAAGGUAGAGCAAUUUAGUAUGCUCUGAACUGUGAUGGCAUCUUUUGCAACAUAUGGAGACUUGUAGCUGUGGGGAAGAUAGAAAAUUCUUUAUUAACACUCUGGAUAAAAACAGCUGUCAGGCAGGUAAGUCCCGUUCAUAUAUCCUUUUCAUCUCCAAUAUGUGGUGUGUAGACUAGCCUCUGGGUCGUGCGCCGGCUUUCACAAGACACAGAGGGCUGAGAUCUCGUACCACUUGUUCCGGGAGGCGGGGCUUACGGCCUCUGAGCGUAAUGACGUCAGAGCGCGAUGACGCGUUUCGCCAAAACACUAAUAUGAGAGGCAAUUCAAUAGUGUGUGUUUUUUUUAUUGUAAACUAUAGUCUAUCUAUUGGGCUCUUUCAUAUUGUUUUGAUAUGUAUCUUUGAACAUUUUAGUUAUUAAUCCCCUAUAUAUUGAAUGAAAUAGAGGUGGUAUCCAUUCUGUAUGAUAAUGUGUUAUUUUAUUGUGACCAAUCAUAUGGCUAGAAUUGCGGACUUUUCGGUCAGCCACGCCCCCUAAUAUGACUUAACUUGAGACUGUGGUGGAUAAGUGGGCGGAUCUGAUGAAGCCGAGUGUAUCGGCAAAACGCGUCAUUGUGCUCUGAUGUCAUCACGCUCAACAGCCGUAAGCCUCUCCUCCCGGAACAAGUGGUACGAGAUCUCAGCCCUCUGUGUCUUGUGAAAGCCGGCGCACGACCCAGAGGCUAGUCUACACACCACAUAUUGGAGAGGAAAAGGAUAUAUGAACGGGACUUACCUGCCUGACAGCUGUUUUUAUCCAGAAUGUUAAUAAAGAAUUUUCUAUCUUCACCACAGCUACAAGUCUGCAUAUGUUGCAAAAGAUGCCAUCACAGUUCAGAGCAGACUAAAUUGCUCUACCUUUGUGAGUGUUUAGGUUUAUAUCAAUUUAAUUUUGUAUAUAUAUAUAUAUAUAUAUAUAUAUAUAUAUCGCCCUAUGAGUUUGUGUUUUCUAUUUCUAUUUGAGAUUCAUAUUGAAGCAUUGACAUAAGCAAAAUGGAUACUCCUAGGUGAGUUAUAAAAAGGUUUAUUCUAAUAUUUGCACAUUACACAAAUAAGUGUGGUUUUUUCACUAGUGCACUUUGUCACUUUGGUCAUAAAUCAUUGCACUAAUAUUUCUUAAUUAUUUUACACGUUUAUAUGGUAUUAAUGUAAAAAUUAUCAAUUAAUUGUAGUCUUAAAAGUACAGCGCACUUUAUUUUUGGUGUUAUGUGGUCAUAUGUUAGUGGAGCUUUUUCACAAUAUAUAGUGCUGCUUAUUUAUUAUUAAUAUUGGAUUGUAACAAUUAUUUUAGCGCCAUCCUUUUACUUGUUUUUCUGUGUACAUUUUAUAUUUGCUUUUAUAUUACACGGUCAUGUUACAGUGCUGCCGCCCACCCCAUGUGUUCAGGUGCCAAGUAUGUGUCAAAUCAUUUGUAAACGGUUUGGCAGCUUACUGUCGGAUGUAGCCUUUGGAUUCCUGGAACCAUAACCACUACAGUGUAGUCUACUGUUUGUUGUGCUUAGUAUUCCUUUAAAAUGAGAAAUUAACAUACCGUAUAUACUCGAGUAUAAGAUGAGUUUUUCAGCACAUUUUUUGAACUUAGCAUUUUAUUGCUUGUAUUAUCCUGUGAUGCUUUGACAUUCCUUAUAUGUGGGAAUAUGAUUGGAGGGAUGAUUAUGUUAGACAAUUGCUUAAUUAUUAUUGAUUGAUUAUGUAAUUAAUUGAUUGUAGUAGUUCACAUGUUUGAUCACUUGUUAAAUUAUUUUUGCACCUAUAUAUUGUUUGUAAGAAGUGUGUUUAGUAGCUUGACAAAGGCCCUAAGUGGUCGAAACGUUGCAUUUUGGUUCUUGGGUCCAAUAAGAUUGCCUAUUCGUUGGAACAUUUUGGAGUGCCUGGAUUACUUUUCUACUAAUAAAUGCUAUAUUUGGUCUCUUUGGUACUGGGACUGAAUCAAGAGCACCCUAGGAUUUCAGGGCGAAGGGCUAAGUGCAGUUCCACAACUUGUCUAUGGAUGUUUGAGUAAUUGUGUGUGUCUGGCUGUCAGUGUUUGUGUGAUUGUGUGUAUCUGUCUGUCAGUGUGUGUAUGUCUGUCAGUGUGGAUCUGAGUGAAUGUGCGUUUGUCUGUCACUGUGUGGCUGUCUGUCAGUGAGUGAGUGUGUCUGUAAGUGAAUGUGUUUGUUUCUGAGUAAUUGUGUCAGUGACGGCGCCUGUGUGUCUGAGUGAUUGUGUGUGUGUGUGUGUCUGUCAGUCAGUGAAUGUGUGUGUGUCUUUCAGUGAAUGUCAGUGAAUGUGUGUCUGUGUCAUUGUGUGUGUAUGUCAGUGAUUGUGUGUGUGUCAGUGAGUCAGUGAUUGUUUGUGUCAAAUCAGUGCGUGUAUGUCAGUAUAUCUGAGUGUGUGUCUGUCAGUCAAAGUGUGUUAGUGGUUUAACAGGAAGAGGUGGGGCAAAUGUAAAUUAGGGAGUGUUCAAGUUCUGUCAUGCCUAGGGCAGCACAGAUACUAAAUACAUCACUGCCCCUGGGAAAGGAUCCACUCCAAUUCUCCCAAAGAGAGGCUCUUGGAUGUAAAUUAAAAUAAAAAAUAAUAUUUGAUUGUGUGUCUGUCAAUAAGUGUGUGUCUGUGUGUGUGUGUGUGUGUCUGUGAGAGUGUGUCCAUUUAGGUGACCAGCCUCCCUCUGAUUGCGUGCAAAAGGAGUUUUUACUCACUUUUUUCCCAACUCUGUGCCGGUUUCACCGUUGCUAGCCGAGGCUCCACGGCUGAGAUAAUCAGUCUUAAUGAUCUCAGACAAUCCAAUGCUGUUCCAUAGGAAAGCAUUCAGAAGCUAUUGUGCAUGUGUGGCAAAACCCCGCACUGCACCAUCAACAUCUCCUCAUAGAGAUGCAUUGAAUCAAUGCAUCUCUAUGGGAAAUGUUCAACACCUCCAUACAGAGCAAGGAGAUGCUAAAGGUAGGUGCUGCACACUGUGUAGCAUUGAAAGAGGAAGCACCUCUAGUGGCCGUCUGAGUGACUGUCACUAGAGGUGUUACUAGGCAGCAAUGUAAACUCUGCCUUUUCUCUGAAUACAUUGCAUUUGACCAAACUCAUAGAGGUGUAUAAUUGAAAGAGAAAAUAAAUAAAAACAAAAUGCAUUUAAAUAUAACUAUAUAACCUUACUCUACACAACUUCUAAUUGUCUUGUCUAAGCAGUCUCUUAAAAGUACUCCUACAGUGUUCCAUUACAUAAUAUAGAGAUUAAUGCUUUCUCUCUCCAAAGUCUAACAAGUCUGAUUACUCUUACUUUUUGCAUGUCCUCAUUAUGUCCCAAUAUCUAGGAUUUCUGGGUUCACUCUGUACUGCCUUGUUUGCAUCGUAUGCAAUACAGCAGAAGCCCAUUGUUCAGUGGGGCAGAGACAUGUUGAAGGUAAUACCGAUGGCUGAAGAAUAUUGCAAGAAGACCAUACGACACAUGGCAGGUAAAAUUAUUUAGUAAAUUCGGAUUUUUAAUCUAAUCAACAUUGUUUUCUACUACUCAGUAACAAUUUUGUUUCAUAUUGUCCAGUGAUGAAAACAAAAUGCCAUGGAGACAAAACAAAAGUUCAAAUAGUGCAUUACAGUACAGUGUUUAUCUAUAGGGGUGGCAAGAGAGAGAGGGGAGGAGGUUGUGGGCUGGGGGGGAGAGGGGUGUGUGUGUGUGUACAUAUUCACUGAUGGUUCUAAAAAUAUAAAAAGUAACUGUAUUAAUAUUUAGAGCAUCAGCAAGUAUAAAAUGAUUUUAGCAUGAUAUUUGAUAAUUUAAAGUUACUAAGACAGGAGUUACCUUUACAUUAUGUAGUUCGAAUGCCUGAGUGAAUAUUAUUUGCUAGUGCAGUUUCCACUAAAACAGUUUUACGAGUAUUUUUUUAUUUGAUUAUCUACUUACACUGAAAAGUAGAAAUCAGGUAAGCCAAUAAUUAUAAUUUCAUUUUUUAUUUUUUUUUACGAUCGGUUGUUGCUUGCAUGCAAUCAGCAUACGUAAAACCAUCAGAAGAGAGAAUUUGAAGAAAGGGUGUGGAAGUUGCUGCUCCUCUUCUGCUAAUCCUUAGUUAAUGCAGAAAAAGUAUGUUUUAAAACUGAAAGUAUUUUAAGCUUACUGCUUACAUGCACGUAAGCAGCUUAUCAAACUCAAACCAUAAGAAAAAAAAAAGCACAACAGUAUUACUUAACCCCUUUAGGACGGAGUCAAUAGUGCACGUUCUGAUCAAAACAAAACGUAAACAAAAACUGGAAUUUGCGCUAUAUGUCUGUUCAACCGUAAUUCACCGCUGUCACAUUAAGUGCACCCAUAUUUAUUAUAUAUCAUUUUGUUCAGGAGAUACAGGGCUUUUAUUUAUCAUUAACUAUUCAUAUAUGGAACAUAAUUUAUUAUGAAUAAAAUUUAAAGAAAUGUGAGAAAAUAAGAUUUAUUUUUAAAUUUGUAUUUCCGUGUGACAUUUUAGCUGUAAAUGUCAUAAUACUGUUUUACUGCAAAAAAAUGCACAUAUUUGUAAUCAGCGAUGUCUCACGAGUAGUGCUGUCCCGAACGGUUCGCCGCGAACGGUUCGCCACGGACUCAUCAUUGAGUAAACUUUGACCCUGUACCUCACAGUCAGCAGACACAUUCCAGCCAAUCAGCAGCAGACCCUCCCUCCCAGACCCUCCCACCUCCUGGACAGCUCACUAAGAAUGCAGCUUCAAAAUGGAUGCUGUCCAGGAGGUGGGAGGGUCUGGGUGGGUCUCUGCUGCUGUCUGCUGCUGAUUGGCUGCUAUGUGAUACAGGUCGAACGUUCCGUUCGGGACAUCACUACUCACGAGUACAACAGUACCCUCCCAUUAACAGGUUUUAUGGAGUUUUGGAAAAGUUACAGGGUCAAAUAUAGAACGUUCCAUUUUCAAAUUGAAAUUUGCCAGAUUAGUAAUGUUACCUUUGAGACGGUGUGGUAGUCCAGGAAUGAGAAUUACCCCAUAAUGGCAUACCAUUUGAAAAAGUAGAUAACCCAAGGUAUUAAAAGUGGGGUAUGUUUAGUCUUUUUUAGUAGCCACUUAGUCACAAACACUGGCCAAAGUUAGUGUUCAUAUUUGUUUUUGUGUGAAAAAAGCAAAAAACUAAUAUUUGGCCAGUGUUUAUGACUAAGAAAGACUGGACAUACCCCACUUGCAAUACCUUGGGUUGUCUACUUUUGCAAAUGGUAUGCCAUCAUGGGGGUAAUUCUCAUUCCUGGGCUACCAUACGCUCUCAAAGGCAACAUAACCAAUCUGGCAAAUUUCAAUGUAAAAAAAAAAUGAAAUGCAAGCCUUAUAUGUGACUCUAUAACUUUCCAAAACACCAUAAAACCUGUACAUGGGGGGUACUGUUAUUCUCGGGAGACUUCACUAAACACAAAUAUUAGUGUUUUAAAACAGUAAAACAUAUUACAACAAUAAUAUAGUCCAUAAACAUGACGUUCGUUUGUAGAAAAUGCUAAAAAUUUCACUUUUACUUAAAAUAUCAUCGUUGUAAUACAAUUUACCAGUUUGAAACACAUAUUUGAGUUCAGCGAAGUCUCCCGAGUAAAACAGUACCCCCUAUGUACAGGUUUUAUGGAGUCUUGGAGAGUUACAGGGUCAAAUAUAAUGCUUGCGAAUUAAAUUCUCUGCACUUUCUCCCUGUGUUGUCAGGCAUGUCAAUCAAAUUUUAAUUAAUCAAAUCACAUAAUUAUGUUAAAAGAUUACUUAAAUAUAUAUGUAGAAUUUUAAUAUAUAUGCAUUUAUAGGUAUUUAAAUUCUACGUGUAUACUAAUGUAAUCUUUUAUGUAAUUCUAUGUAUUUAUCUAUAUAUAUAUAUAUAUAUAUAUAUAUAUAUAUUUGCGGUUAUUGGUAUUUUAUAUAUAGAUAGAUACAGUUGCAAGAAAAGGUAUGUGAACCCUUUGGAAUGAUAUGGAUUUCUGCACAAAUUGGUCAUAAAAUGUGAUCUGAUCAUCAUCUAAGUCACAAUAAUAGACAAUCACAGUCUGCUUAAACUAAUAACACACAAAGAAUGAAAUGUUGCUAUGUUUUUAUUGAACACACCAUGUAAACAUUCACAGUGCAGGUGGAAAAAGUAUGUGAACCCUUGGAUUUAAUAACUGGUUGAACCUCCUUUGGCAGCAAUAACUUCAACCAAACGUUUCCUGUAGUUGCAGAGGUGGGGAGGCCCACAGAUCCGUUUCGCACCGGGGCCCCAUGGAUUGUGUGUACACCACUGCAUACAUCCAUAAACACGCAUCAUUACACACAUACAUCCAUAAACACACAUACUGCCCAAUACAUGCAUCCAUAAACACACACUGCCUAAUACAUACAUCCAUACACACACACACAUACUGCCUAAGACAUACAUUAUACAUUGAAUACAUAAUGAAGGUAAGCAGGUGCCUGCUCUGCCAUAUUUAAGAAGGACAGCAUCAGGGGUGCUCUGAGGUGAUCAGAUGGCCACCUACUGGGCCUUCUGUGACAAGGCCCCCACUUUUGGGCACCUGGAGGAUCGGCCGGGCAUGGGGGGGGGGCUAUAGAACGCUGCAGCCCAAGACAGGAGCAGCCCACCAGGAAACAUUCCCCUAGCAGGCCUGUGCCCUAGGCGAAUGCCUAGUUCGCUUAACAGUGGCGCCAACCCUGGGUGUAGUACUAGUGAUAAUGUCAUGAUCUUGUGCAGGUCAGUGAUGAGACUGAAACUGGGGUUAAUUUCAGGGUCUUUAUAUGGUAUCUUAGCCAUUCUAGUAAGAACAGGAUAUCCUAUUAUUGUAGUUGUAGGAAUGAAGGAUAGUGAACAGAACAGAAUGUCUGAAUUUACAGGUAAUUCAGUAGCCUAAGAAAUAAAGGAUUUAGACAAGCCCAAAAUGGAAAUAAGGUAAACCUAUAAAAGAAAAUACUUAUAUAGGUGGAGCGCAAAAUCAGAUCCACAUUUCCAUGGAAUCCUUUACACAGCUUCAACUCAGAUGGAUAUAAAAAAGAUAAAAUGCAUAUAAUAGUGAAGUACAGUUAUAGUAAGUUGCAAAUAUUUAAUAAUCGUUUCACUAGACAUAAAACACUCCUAGCAAUAAAAAUAAUAAAGCAAAAUCAAUAUUGAAUAAAAUUACAUAAAUUAAAUGAAAUAAACAAUGAGCCUCUUACAGGAUAAAAAUAAGUGAGUGUAUGCAGUCCCAGCUGCUACUCACUAACGCUUUAUAGUUGCCUUAGUCCAGGCACAGGGUUGACAGGUAGCCGGCUUCUCUCUUGUCUCCUCCACGGAUGUCGUAGAGAAAGCGGGCCGCUGAAAGAUCCUGAAUGCCGGUCUGGGGUUCUCUGAGCUUCCCGGGUGCUCCGCCCCUUUUGCGUCACUCCGUAACAGGCGUGCGUCACUGCGUCGUCUACGCGUUUCGCCGAAGCUUCCUCAGGACACAGAGCAGUGAUGCUGACUUGUCUUACUCGUCCACUAUUUAAAGCGAUCCUUCCGCUUCCUAUUGGAUCCCUAAUCAUAGUGUCUUUUAUGCAGGUGUAUUAAAACCAUACAUCCUCUACUUAACUCCAUAAUUACCUAUACUAAAUAGACAUAUUAAUGCAAAUAUCAUAGGGACAUUUAAACAUUUAAACAUAUAAUUGACAAACAUUUCUCAAUUUUAUUCUACCAUACCUGGUUUUAAGAGAAGAGAGAAAAUUGGUAACAGGGAGUUAAUACAAAUAUAAAUACAACUUUUCAUCAAACUUUUAAACUUUUCUAUGUCAAUUUUAACUUUUAACCAUUUUUAAAUGUUUUUAAAUAAGUAUUACCUUCCCCAAAGGGGUGCCCAUAUUUAAAGUGCCCCAAAACCAAUUUAAAGUGCUAUACUCAAAAUUCAGAACCAUUUGCUACAAAGUGCAGAUCAUAUAUAUAAUUGUAAAUUAUUCAUACAGUCAUCUAAAAUAUAUCUAAAUAUAUAUCUAAAAAUGUAUCUAAAAAUAUAUAAUAAUAUAAAAAAAAUUAUAUAUAUUAUAAGAAAUGGCACAACUCAAAAUCAUUAUUAAGGCCAAACGGAAUGAGAGUAUUGAGUUCAAAAAUUUUUAGAAGUAUUUAUUAAAGAAGUCAAUUCGAAUGAUUGGGGAGUAUCCCUAGUUUUUAAUUAUAGUAGAUCUAAAGUAGAUUUCCUUGAUCUUUCGAUUUUUAUGGAGGAUGAGAUGAUUAAAACUAAGACUUUCUUUAAAGCUGUCGAUGUGAACAGCUAUAUAGAGUUGUCGAGUUGUCAUUACAGUCCCUGGCUCAAGAAUGUACCAAAAAGUCAACUGAUCCGUAUUCGAAGGAAUUGUACGGACAAAGAGACAUUCUUGGACCAGGGCCAGAAAAUAAUAGAAGAUUUCAAAGCCAGAGGUUAUGAAGGUAAAGAUUUAAAUAAGACACUAGAAGAGGUACAACAGAUAGACAGGGAGUCUCUUUUGGAAUAUAACGGUCCAAAAAAGAAUAAGAAGAAUACAGAGGAUGUACCCUUUAUCUGCCAAUUUGCAGGUAGACAUAAUGGCAGAUUGAGGAGCAUCAUUAAUAAGAAUUGGCAUUUUUUAUUGAAAGAUCCGGCACUACAUAAUCUUUUACCUACUCAACCAAAAAUUGUCCAUAGAGGAGUUCCAAAUAUUAAAAAUAUUCUGACGUUUAAACAGGAUAAAAACGACAAUAAAACCUUAGGGUCGUUAGAAAAAUACGUAGGGUUAAAGAAAGGCUUUUAUAAUUGUGGGACAUGCAAUGCGUGUAAAGCCACAGGCUCACAUAGAAAUUUUAGAGAUCAAUUUAUGUCACCAACUAAAACCUACAAGAUAAAGGAAUGUAUAACCUGCCACACUAGUAAUGUAAUCUAUAUGCUUAUCUGUCCCUGCGGACUAAGCUACAUAGGUCGCACUACACGCCAGCUACAUACUAGAGUAGGAGAGCAUGUAUACAAUAUCCGUAAGGGUUUUGCACUGCACCAGGUAUCCUUACACUUUAAAGAACAUCACAAUAGUGACCCAUCUGGCCUAUCAUUUGUUGGAAUACAGAAAGCACUUUUUAAUUGGAGAGGUGAAGAUCGUACGAAAAAAUUGGGCCAAAUGGAAAUGAGAUGGAUUUUUGAACUCAAUACUCUCAUUCCAUUUGGCCUCAAUAAUGAUUUUGAGUUGUGCCAUUUCUUAUAAUAUAUAUUUUUUUUAUAUUAUUAUAUAUUUUUAGAUACAUUUUUAGAUAUAUAUUUAGAUAUAUUUUAGAUGACUGUAUGAAUAAUUUACAAUUAUAUAUAUGAUCUGCACUUUGUAGCAAAUGGUUCUGAAUUUUGAAUAUAGCACUUUAAAUUGGUUUUGGGGCACUUUAAAUAUGGGCACCCCUUUGGGGAAGGUAAUACUUAUUUAAAAACAUUUAAAAAUGGUUAAAAGUUAAAAUUGACAUAGAAAAGUUUAAAAGUUUGAUGAAAAGUUGUAUUUAUAUUUGUAUUAACUCCCUGUUACAAUUUUCUCUCUUCUCUUAAAACCAGGUAUGGUAGAAUAAAAUUGAGAAAUGUUUGUCAAUUAUAUGUUUAAAUGUUUAAAUGUCCCUAUGAUAUUUGCAUUAAUAUGUCUAUUUAGUAUAGGUAAUUAUGGAGUUAAGUAGAGGAUGUAUGGUUUUAAUACACCUGCAUAAAAGACACUAUGAUUAGGGAUCCAAUAGGAAGCGGAAGGAUCGCUUUAAAUAGUGGACGAGUAAGACAAGUCAGCAUCACUGCUCUGUGUCCUGAGGAAGCUUCGGCGAAACGCGUAGACGACGCAGUGACGCACGCCUGUUACGGAGUGACGCAAAAGGGGCGGAGCACCCGGGAAGCUCAGAGAACCCCAGACCGGCAUCCAGGAUCUUUCAGCGGCCCGCUUUCUCUACGACAUGGAGGAGACAAGAGAGAAGCCGGCUACCUGUCAACCCUGUGCCUGGACUAAGGCAACUAUAAAGCGUUAGUGAGUAGCAGCUGGGACUGCAUACACUCACUUAUUUUUAUCCUGUAAGAGGCUCAUUGUUUGUUUCAUUUAAUUUAUGUAAUUUUAUUCAAUAUUGAUUUUGAUUUAUUAUUUUUAUUGCUAGGAGUGUUUUAUGUCUAGUGAAACGAUUAUUAAAUAUUUGCAACUUACUAUAACUGUACUUCACUAUUAUAUGCAUUUUAUCUUUUUUAUAUCCAUCUGAGUUGAAGCUGUGUAAAGGAUUCCAUGGAAAUGUGGAUCUGAUUUUGCGCUCCACCUAUAUAAGUAUUUUGUUUGAUUUUUGGUGUGGGAGUUGGGUUCACACAGGUGUGUAGCAGCUUUUUGGAAUUUAACCCUGUAAUAGAGGUGUUUAACAUUUUGAAGGUGAUACAGAAAUUUUUCACAUUUUUUUCUGCCACCUCAUCUGUGUAUACAGAAUUAUAGGCUUAGCGCUUUUAUACUUUAAAUAUAAACCUAUAAAAGAAGUUAUACGUAUUAGAGAGAUUAUAGGAAACAGGAUUUAGGCAAUAUACCCCAGAACAGGAUAUUAAGAAACAACUAAACAGAAUUAGAGAGAAAUAUGAGUACUUAAAUAGGGUUGUAGUUGUUCAGUCUCUUUGGAUAAGAGGUUAUGUUGUAGUAGCAGGUCCUUUUUGAUAGAUGCAAAUAGAGUUUGGAAUAUACCGUAAGUAAAUCCAAUGUAGGAGUAAAUAGAUAGCCACAAAGUAAAUUAAAGUCCAGUGUUGUUUUAAGCAAGUUGGAUGUUCAGCAGGAAUAUAGGGAGUUCAGGUUGGUUUGCUGCAGGUUUGUAGAUAAGGCAGGAAUGAAGAGUUGUACAGGUAAGUUUGGAGCAGGUUGGUGAGCAUAGCUGGUUAUGAAGCCAAUAACGAAAAUCCACAGGUUAACUCAGGAGCCAGGAUAUGAAGUCUUUUCAGGCAAUCAUCAACUUCAGUGUCAAGGCAAAGUGGUGAGUUGGGUGUUACCUUUUGUAGGAACCCAAUUUAGUCCAGGCAGGUGAGCAUGAUAAGGCGAGUUGUCAAACUAGAGGCAAGGGAGGCCACUAGUGGUAAAACAAAAGGAACAGGAAAUACAUAACAAAAGUCUUGCUUGUAAGGACAGGAUCCUGACAUCUCUUACACUUGGUCUUAUUAGGCUUGGUUUUUACAGAAAAAUGGUUCUUUAUGAACCCCUAAAACCACUCCACCAGGGGUGGGCAGUCUGCAGCCGUCCAUAUGUUUUGGACUACAUCUCCCUUGAUGCUUUGCUAGCAUUAUGGCCCUAAGAGCAUUAUGGGAGAUGUCGUCCAAAACAUCUGGAGGGCCAAAGAUUGCCCACCCCUGCACAACACCAUAUGCUGAAUACCAGGUGGCAUGAAGAAUUCUAUGAUUUCUUUGCAAUCUGGGAAGAAGCCAUUACGAAUUGGCAUUAUAGCCCAGUUAUGCCAGUUAGUGACAAGUAUGUAGUAAGUAGUGACUUUGCUGUGGCACAAAUCUAAAACCCCAACACCGGUUAGUGAAUCUAGAUAAUUAUGUCAAUUAGUGCUUCAUCUGAAUAUUUAUAAUCAGUAAAUUAUAUGUAUCUGCAGUAAAAUUCAUACACUCACACAAUCCUUUUCAUUAUCCAGAAGAAGCGAAUUGACAAAGUCUGUUGCUGAAGUUGGUUAUUAUCUAAUACUAAUCAUCUACCUUUAGAAUACCAAGAACACUGGUUUUACUUUGAAGCCAAGUGGCAGUUUUACCUGGAGGAGAGAGAAAUAACAGAAGACAAUGAAAAUAAACCUGCUUUUCCUGACAAAUAUGAUGCUGAAGAGCGAGAUAAGGUAAACAUGUUACUGUAACAGCGGCUACACCUUGACUUUUUUUUUGUUGGCAUUCGGAGCAGCAAUGGGAUCAUAGCACAGAUUCAGAAAGGUCUAUUAACAUAGCUAUGAGCCACAGAAAAUUAACAUUUAAGGAAAAACUUGGUUAUUUUAGUGUAAGUUUCCCCAGUCCUAGCAGUUUGUAUUGUGAUUACAAAGUGUAUAAUACGGUCCACGAAAGCAAUCUUACAUCUCUUAUCUUACUUCAUGUGUAGACGUAUAAAAAAUGGAGCUCAGAGGGCCGUGGGGGAAGGAGAGGACACGAUGCUCCUAUGAUUGCAUAUGAUGCCCUGCUAGGGGCUGGAGGUGAUUGGAAAGAACUCUGUAAUCGAGCUAUGUUCCAUGGAGGUAUGUGACUACCUGAUAAUAUCAUUAGAAGUCUGUGUGGGAGGUGAGUGGGAGACAUAAUGAGUAUCGUAUACCAUUUCAGUACACUCCAAGUGGUACACAUGCAUGAUUUAAUGGAGGGAUAUAUAGAUACAUUGAGCUUGUGGGUAAAUGAAGUGGGAAUAUUUAUGUAUGGACUCAUGUUUACUUUUUAUUAUUUUAAUUUGUUGUAAAAUAAUUCUGUAGUUCCUGUAAUUUGUGUAGUGCGAGGGGAAAUGUUUUGUGUGGGUUUUUUUUCCAUUUGUUUUUGUUUGAUUAAUCCAGGUGCCAUCCAGACAUAGCAGAAUAUCUAGUCCUACCCUGACCCUCAAGACUAGAGCCCUUGUUAAUAUGUAGCAUAUUAUUGCUAUAUAAAAUUUUAAAUAAUUGAUUAAAUAUUUGUAAAACAAAAUAUUUCGAAUUUUUAAGUUGCUCUUGAAAAAUGCUACCAUUUGUAAAUAGCUUCCUUGAAGGGUUAUUUCAAGCACCAUAACCACUUCAACCUGCUGAUACAAUUUUACAAUUUUGAGGGGAGCGAUAAUGGCAUGUACACCCCCCUUCUAUAUAAUUAUAGCCCCCACCCAGCACCAACUGGUGAGGGCUGGGUUUCACGUUAGGCCCAACCAACUUAUAACGAUUAGAGUCACACUUGCAGCCCAUUAAUAGGAAUAGGGAGGGACACUAUGUUCCAUCCAUUCCUUUAAAUUACAGCCCCACACUCUGGCAAAAGGUGGGGUCACAGACAGGGGAAACUAUGUCCCACCAGAUUAUUAUUUAAUUAGAACCUCACCGUGGGUUCUUGGUAUUUAGCAUACAUGCUCCCAAUCACAUCAUGGCAAAUGGUGGCAUGGAGAGGUUUAAUAACGCCCUUAUUCUAGCUUGGGGUUCAUCUUGAACAACAAAGGAUUCAGAUUUAUUUAAUUUUAAUGACUAACAGGGCUAGUCAUUAAAGAAGACUGAUAAGGGUGCUUCAGAAGAGCAGAGUUCACCUGCUAAAUAUUCAACUGGCAUUCAAUCCAGUAGAAAUUAGCUAUACAGAUUGUCCACAUCCAGUCCAUAGUUUUAAACUGGGUUUUUCCUAUGGUAUUGAAUCAUAAAACAGAAAAAGGGAGCAGAUGAAUUAAAACCCCAAAAUAUGGCUUCCCUUCCUUUAAAAGGGAGACUUGAGAAGUUCACAUUUGUAUUUUGCCAAUUGCCAUUAUUAAAAUCCACUUUUUGUGUUUUAUUGAUGUGUUUAAAAUAAAUGUGCACGCAGUUACUCUACAAUUUAGGGUCCCUUCUGCUCUAUAUUCUUAAAAUCUUCUGAAGCCUUGAGACUGCUCACCAUAUAGUUUAGUUUUAGUGUGUAUUUUUGUAUUUUCACUAACCACAUCUAGUUAGUUUGUGACCAAUAUAUUGAUUUAACAUAAAGGUUCUCAUAUGAAAUAUUAUGCCGUCAUCUACUAUGGUUUUGUGUUUCAGGAGAAGGUGGUGCAACAGGUUCAAUUGCUGGGUGCCUGUUCGGACUGCUGUAUGGUAUAAAUAACGUACCUAAGGGACUCUACCAGGAGUUCGAACUAAAAGAGCAGCUCGAACACUUGGGUGACAAACUUCAUCAACUAUCUACAAAGGAAAAGUAAAGCAGUUGGUGUUAUUUUUCUUUAAACACAGCUCUAAACACUAAGAACAGUCUGAACAGUUAUCUUAAAUUAGUAGCCAGUGGAAACUAGAAUGUAUUAGGAAUGGGAUUUGACCUUUUGGCUAGGUCUAGUGAGCACGAUGUUUACAUUAGAUGUACCAUUUGUAUAGUUGUAUGAUUUUAUUGUGUUUUUUUUUUCUCACAGGUAAAGACAAUACUUAUGAAUCUAAAGUCAGGUGAAACUCAAAGAUAGCCACAUGAUUAAGAUACACAUAUAUCAUAUAAUAGACCAAACGUGAUGCCAUUAUAAAGCCAAGUGUAGCAUUAGGAAGAUUGACAUGUAUUUAGAAUGAAUGGUUUUCCAUGGCCUUUCAUUCACUGAUAUUAUGUAUUUUCAACAUACUGUACAAACCUUGCAAUACAAUGUGCCAGAAUGAACCUUAUGUUGAUUGCCACUUAAACAGAAACAGUCUGUACACGGGUGAGCUUCUGGCACUGCACACAGUAACCUAUGGGGUAUUUGAAAGGCUGUGUUGCAUAGUGUACAUAUGCUGAAGGGGGUUACACAGAAUACAUAUGUUGGAGUGAUUCAUGAGUACAAAGUCUAAAUGUAAUCACUGGGAGAAAACAGGUGAAGGUAUUUUAGAGCAAUGCUACCCACAUCGUACUGUACAUCGUACAGUGGAUGGUUUUCUGUGUUACUGGCCAUAGCUGGUAUUGUGUGGAGUCCCAGAUAGUGCUUACAAGAGUUUUAUUAAUACGAAUGAUAAGAGUAAUUCACAUGUGUUAAUUAGCGCUAUUAUAACUAUGAAGUUAAUGACCUUGUAGGAUUGCACAAGCCACUUGAACCAAGGUUUCCAAGUCAAUGACAUGCUUGGCUUUCCAACCCGUGACCCCGACAGGACGGGAAUCUUUGGGAACCUGUGUAAUUUCAGAUGUCCUUUCCAUCUGGUAGAAAGUAGGCACCAGCUCAUCUGAUUUUGAGGGUAUCCUGCCAGAAUAGGUUUCUAAUAGUAUGUGAUUGAGAAACAUUGUCACUAACUGAUCAGGUUAGUUGUGUUGUCCAGUCCAUUAACUCCAGACUUAGAUUUUGUGAGUGAGACACAGCAAUUUAUCAGCACCCUUCAUUAAACCUCAGACUGGUUUGUCUUCUCUGUAAAUUGUUUUGCAUGCGGGGUCGUGUUAAAAUCAAGACGCAUUUUGUAAAUCCCAGUUAAAGAACUGUAAAGAACAUGAUCCCUCAUCCAGUCUGUGAAAAGGAUGACUCUGACAGUCAUGAAUUUAUACUUUGUACAUCAGGGUUGGGAAAACUACAAGUCACUAUUUUUUUUUAGGGCUAACAAUUCUAUUAUUCUCAGACAGAUCAAGUGAAAAUAUUUAUAGACUACUAAAAAAGUUAAUUGACUGUAAGUUACAAAUCCUUUAUUUAGCUGAAUAUCUGAAAUAAACACCCAAAAUGUUAACUUUUUACACUUGACGCACAGAACAGAACCAUUUAACUGUAUAAGUUGCCUACAGAAUGACUACCACAUUUGCAAUGUUCAUUCUACUCUUUGGAAUGCAUUGAUGCAUGCCUGCUAUGUCUACUGCUCUGAUCUGCAUCCAUAAAUAUAUGCAUUGUGUAAGCAUUAUCUUUCUGGGCCUCCAAACUGUUAUCGUCCAAAAUAUGCCUGACAUGCCUGUGAAUAAAAAAAAAACAACAAACAUUAUAUUUGUUCUUUCUGUCAAGGGUUUUGUUGUUUGCUGGUCUAAAAAUUAAAGGUGCAAUUACAUAUAAUGCCAUUUCAGUUUAUUGGCAUGUGUCAAUACAAAUUAUUUUAUUUAAAAGAAAAUAUGGAUAACAUUUUUAAUCAGGCUUCAAAAUAAAAUAAAUGUAGCAUAAUGUAACUAAUUUAGGCUUUACACGCACUUGUGCCUCGUACUCACAAUCUCCCUGGUCUUUGUGCUUGUAACUCUGAUCACACUUGAUUGAGCAGAAACAAGAUACAGGAUGUUGUUUUAAUCCAUAAAUAGGAUGUUUAUUAAAUAUACAAAGUUAUGAUGAUACAAAAAGGAGUUCCUUAAAAAAUAUUUGGGUAAUAUUUGGAUAAAAAAAUAAAUAAAUACAUUUUUCAUUAGGAAUGUCACAUAUUGUUAUUUACACUGAUAGAGUACUCAGUGGAUUGUGGUUAUAGCAAUUGAACAUGAUACAUUGUGCAAUUUGGUAUGACAAUCGACAUUCCAAAUCAAUUUAGCAAAUAUAAAAUCCAUAAAAUUUUAAAUAAAUGGAACACUAAAACCUUAAACAAUAGAUCAGUUCCUGGAUUUUUAAAUAUAAAAUACAAGAGUAUUUUCAAAUAAUAUAUUAAUAAUAAUAAUAAUAAUGUUAUUAUAAAUUAAAAGUUGAUUCAUAGAGCAUUUAAGAAAUUUCACAACAACAUUCCACUGAAAACCACAACAUUUUUAAAUCCCACAUUAGUUAGUUUGUUAUUUAGCAAGUAGAUCUCACAGUAAUUAUGCAAAAUAAUUUUCAAUUUUUCAGAAUUCACUAAUUUUUGUAAUCCAUAAUGUACAUGUUACAUUUCAUCCAGUGAGGGUAAGGGUGUUUCAUGAACGGUUUAUAUUUAAGAAAAUUGUGGAGAGUUGAAUACAGUUUUUUUGUAGAAUAGUUCAAGAAUAUUCAUCACAAGACCUUGUGGGUCAGCAUGUCUUGCUAUUCAUCCAUUCUUAUUAAUGUCAUGAAAGGGCAUUUUAUCACAGCUUACUCUUACUUACCCUUUGGCUAAAUCUUAUCUUACCGUUUGGCACUAGCAAUGUAUGCAGUAUUUGUGCUUACUAACAUCAUUAUUUUCUAUGUAGUCCUUAGAAAGUUAUUAUAAGAAGAAAUAUAUUUUUAUUUUUUUUAAACAAAAAACAAACACUUAUGUUUGGUGAUACAUUGCUUUCUAAACAGGCAAUUUCUGGACCAAUCCCUGCCUGACAAAAUAUAAUUAGAAGGAUAUAUUAAAGUCCUUGAAGAUUUUUCUCAGUCCCUAUAUCUGAAUGAUUUAGUAACAAUCAUUGCUGAGUUCUUAGAGGAAAUCAACAUAAUGGGUUAACAAAGAAGGAACAUUCUGACAGUUAUCUUGGUUAUUUAAUUUCCCUAGUACGAGGCUUUGCCUUGGAAACAGACUGUGAUUGCUUACGAAAUACAACACUACACGAUCACAUAUUGCCACUGGGUGUCAAAGCACUCAUUGGCGCUUAGUCAAAUAGCUGGCAAAGUAUACUCAAAGCCCAGUUUUAUUGCUGUGUAUAUUACAUUAAGUCCAUUUGUCCCAAGCCUUUAGGAUGCCAAAAUAUGUUGUUUAGUGUUAUAAAUAGCAGACUCCGUAUUAGUGGAGAAACAUAUACUAAAUCCUUUAACUGGUAAGUGUUUCUGUUAUUCAAACAAGUUACAUCUCAUUAAAACAAUUUAUAGUUAUAUCUAUGUGAUGAACAUAUUAAAAGUAGCACAUAACACUAUUCUGACCUUUAUGUUGGUACUGGCAUACACAGCAAAAUAUAGUCUCACAACUAACCAGCUUUUUAUAAAUGAUGACACUUUGCUGGUAAAGCAUCCUUUAAAAUCCUUUGUGGCUUGAUCAUUUGCCUUUCUCCUCCAAGCUAGCCCGACAUAUAAUUCUUGUCAUAUUUCGGCACUAAAUAGAAUCUCUUACUCAUUCUUAUCAAUUUUUUUAUUUAAAAAAAAAAAAAGAAUUACUCCCACAAAAUUGCAGAAAUUAAAAUGUACAAUAAAUAUAUACAACCAACAAUAACAUUGUUCUUCAAUAGUUUUAGAGCAAUAUAUUCCAAACCUGAAUCAAGGAAAUCGGUAUUUAUGACUUGUUUUUGAUAAAUCUAUAAUACAUGCGUCUUUGGUCAUAUGAUAUAAUGUUCAUAUAAUGUUCAAAUAAUGUUACUUUCUGAGACUGCUAGAAAACCUCUUGCAUCUUGAAAUUCAUUAGCUGUUAUAUGAAUUGCAUGUAACAAUUUGCAUCGGCAUGGUGUAACAUCAUUUUCCAUGGAUUCAUGUAUUUCCUGUAGCAGUUUUGUGGUAUGGUAAGCUAGAACAUGUGACCUGCUAGUCAGACAUUGAACAAGGAACUUUCAAACUGUCCUAUUUCCAACAGUAUUUGUGGUCAUCAAAGACAAUAUUUUUAAUGGAUUUGUGAAACAAAAUAUAACUGUGACUCAUCACCAUUCCAAGAGGAAUGUAUAUAUUGCGUCCUAAGGACACUUCUAGUGGCUGUCUCUCUUACAGCCACUAGAGGGGCUUCCUGGUGCAGUCCUGCUAUUUUUGCAGAACCAAUGUUGGGCAUAUUUACGCUCAGCAUGAAAGUGUCAAACAGUCCCCAUAGAGAGGCAUUGGGUCAAUGUAUUUCCACGACGAGAUGCAGAUUGGAGCAGCGCAUGGAUUGAUGCACAUGAGCAGUAUCUCUCCUAACGCUUCCCCAUGAAGAAGCAUUGGACUAGCCAACAUUAUUAGUAAUUAUGAUUUCAGCCAGGGGAGCAUCGCCGGGGGAUAUAAGGUGAGUAAAACUGCUUAUUUUAUUACUUCUGGGAGAGGCAUAAAUCUGAAUUGGUAUUAUAAUAUUCUAACAUUAGGAAUACAUGUUUGUAUUCCUGGUGUUAGACUAUUACUUUAAUGUUGUGCCUGCUAGCAAAUUUUUCCAUUAGAAGAACCCUCCAAGUCUUGUCUGGCUUAUUUUAUAAAAGUGUAAAUUUCAAGAGAAAUCUGCACUUUUAUGAAUUAAGCAGAUAGUCAGUAGGGGUUCCUGCCUCACUAGCUUUGAACAUUAGUUUUCAUAAAUGAGCAUUCGUUUCAAUGUUUCUUUAUGAUAAUUGCUGUAUGUGUGACAUGUCCCAGUGCUUCCCUAUGAGAAGCAUCAGACUGAAUACUAGUCAUCAAUAAUGAUAAAUUCACGAGCAGGAUCAGCAUUUUAGUGAGAAAACAAUCCCACAGCUGUAUAAAAAGUGAGUUCGGUUGAUUAUCAGCUGUUUUAAUAAAAAAAACUGGAGGGUGUAGUAAUCAAAAUAUCAAUGGGAUUUCUCUGAUUGAUUAAUUAAAUGAAUUAUAGUCAUGGAUCCUAGUGCUUUUUCAAUUAUUGAAAUACAACAUGCAAAAUUAGUAAGGUCAAAUGAGUAAAUUGUCAGAAUAUUUACAUUUAAAUAAUAUAAUGUUACUAUCUCCCAUCUUACAAAUUCUGUAAAAAUAUCCCCCAAAAUAAAUUACACAUUCGUCAUAGCUAUAGUAUGCAAUAUAGGGCUUUUCAAUUGCAACAAAUCCCAUGAGUCAGCUUAUUUAGGGUGACUGGACUUAACAAAUAUAGUAAAUCACAGGUUACUUCUGUUAUAGUAUGUUCAUUUAUUAUUUGUAAGAACAUUACUUUCAAUAAUGUCUACAAGGCCGAUUGAUUUUUCUUUAUACAGCAAUAUAAAGUCAGUGGCCCAUGGUGGUAAGAUGUUGACUGAUCUAUUGUGGCUGAAAAAGAAAGCCAACAAGAAUGUGAAUUCAGGCGAAAGCUUGGUUCUCAGCAACUUGCUUGAAUACAUCACCAACUUGAAUAGCUUGAACUCUACAAGAACCAACAUGCAGACCUCUAGUGAUCAGGAUAAUGCGACUCUAUGCAAUAAGUUUAAGCAAGCUUACAACGUAAGCAUCAGGAAACCAACCAAAUUCCAGCUUUUGCAAUCCAAGUUCAUGAAUCCAAACCAAAGACCGCCAAUGAAAAAGCAGAGAGAAGUAGGAAAGCUGAUAUGUAGGGACAAGCAACAUGUCACCAGAGCACCUGUUAACAAUCCAGUAAGAAAAUUAGAUCUUUCAAAGUAUCCAAAUCUCAAAAAAGAAAGUAAUAAUCUGCCCUUGCCUACUGACAAGGUCGUUUGGAAUAAAUCUAAUGGAAAGUCAAGAGUGAAGUCAAUUCUAAAAAGGUUUAUUGCUGCAGAGGAGAAUGGAAAUAAAGAUAGUCCUCUAAAUUCAAGAAUGGGGAACAUGAAAAGUAAUGCUCCCAAAAUACUUCGUAGAAAUACAGUUAUUUCAGCUUUAAAAGAAAAGUUUGAACAGAACUCAACAAUUUGCUCAGUGAGAGAGGUAAAGUCUUCCGUUGUUCCCAAAUUGCAAAAGCAGAAUGAGAAACCAUCAGCAAACAAGUGUAUUAAGAAAGCAGUGGUAAAAGGAUUACAGAUUCCAGCAAUGGAAGUAGAAUACUUACAACCACCUACUCAUGAACUUGCAAAUUUGGUGGAAGAGACCAUGCUGCUCUUUGUAGUUAAAAAGAAUAUAAUGCAUGGCCCUGUUGCUUGGAUGACACAUAAUGCAAACCAUGGCAAAUCUGAAACCUAUUGUAGUGAGCUUUGUAAGAUAAAUGACACAAAGAAAGGACUAGAAGAACACAUUAUCAAAAAUGAUACAAAUGGUCAAGUUGUCUUACUUGAAACAAAUGGGCCUGCUUGUUCAAGAAAUGAGAUUGGUACAACAAAUAGCACUGACUGGACAAAUGAAAAAAAUGUACCAGGAGCAAUGGCGGAAAAGUCAACCACUCAUCAAGAGAGUCUUCAAAAAGCGGACAAUCAUUCUGAACUGAGGAAUGCAGUUUACAUUUCAGGAGAUGAGAAAAAUAACGGGGCCCAAGAAAACACAGAUGCCUCAAGAAAUACAUUAGAACAGGAAAUAAUGAAUGGACAUUUUACUGAGAAACCAGAGAUGACAGAGGAUACAUCAGUAAAUAUUUUAAGUGAAAAAGAGUAUGAAGCGCAAAGAAGUAGGUCUAUGCAAGCUCAUAAAAUAAUGGUUAACCAUCUUAAUUCUGUAUGCCAAAAAGAGAAUCUGGAAAAUAGGUAUUUAGGUACUCAUGACAACAAUGAAAUCCCUCUUGACCAAGGCAAUCACAAAAACAAAAAUGAAGAAAGAGUGGUGCACCCAAUGAAUGAUGAUAAGGGCAACUUAAAAACACGUAAUGUGAAAGGAGAUCAGCAACCAGUAGAUAGAAAUGAAUUCAGCAAAAAUGAGAUUGAAGUAAAAUACAAGGGAAUAGCUGUACAGCCAACAAAUGGUUGUGCACAAUACCUUGGUAAAAGCAAAAAUAAUGUGAAAAAUGAGGACGUAGUCAAAGACAUAUUAUGUGACAUCCCCAACAAAAACACAAAUGAGGAUGAAUCAGAGAAAGACACAACAGAGGACAAAGACAGUAUUACCAUCAAGAUCAAGAAUGAAACAAGCAAUUUCCAGGAAGACGUUAACUGUAAGUUGAUUCUCAGCAGUAGCAUGACUGAUUUAAGUCAUAAGGAUGAGUCAGAUGGACAACCAUCUAAGGGUAGCGUGCACUGUCUCGACAAGGGCAUAAGUGAAGUGAAAAAUGAGGACAUAGUUGAACACACAGUGAGUAACAGUAUAUAUAUAGUCAAGAAAAAUAAUAUAAAAUUUAAGGAACAAUCAGAGGAUAACCAAAUGGAAGGAGAAAACUGGGGCAUUCUCAGCAAGAAUAAGAACACAAGAAGCAAUGAAAAAGAAGAUGUGGGAAGUGAAUUAAUUAUCAACAAGGAGGAAACAGCUGAACAACCAACAAAGGAGCACAGCCAACACAAGAACAAAAAUGAUGUGAAAAAUAAGGAAACCAAUGAAAGCAAAGUAAGUGAGAAUAAGUAUAUCCCCAACAUAAACAACAUAAAAUAUAAUAACAUAUCAGAGGAAUAUCCAGCUGAGAACAUUAAGAAAAUUAUUCGCAAGAAUAAAAACACAGCAAGCAAAAUGGAUGAAGACAAUGAACAACCUACAGAUAAUGACUACACUUCCACUACAAAUGAUCGUCUAACUAAAAAUGACUUGAGUAUGAGUUUUAAACAAAACAAUGACACGUCACGCAUUCAUAACAAAAAACAAAGUGUUGUGAAAUAUGAAAUGAAAUGUCCAAAGCAGGAGUUAAACUCUUUGGUGUAUAGCAAUAUGCAAAAACAAGGAAUAUGUGAUGCAAAUGUGAAUCAUGAAUCACACAAACACACUAUGAUGAUUCCAACAAUCACCUUGCACAGAAAAGAAAUAACAGCAAAGCCAAAUGAUGUUAUUAAGCAAUUAGUGAACACCAGCAGCGAUGGAAUGGAAAGAAGUCUGAGACUUAAAUUGGAUAAUGAUCACCCACAGUCUGUGACAGAUGAAGUUAGGUCCAAGAUGAAGAGUGAUUGCAAAUUGGAAAGGACAUAUGGUUUAAGCUACUCAAUUACUGAUUCACCUCCAAAUGAGGACACACUGGAGGAUAUUCCUUCAUUUUGUAACCUUAAAAACCAAGGGACUGGCAGUACUGAGCCAAUGGUUCAUUUUGAAAAGGCAACCUGUAAAAGUACACUAACUCACCAUAACAACAUACAUGUCCCAAAGUAUUCUUCUAUCAAAAUACAGCAAACAUCCGAGUCUGAAUGUAUCAAUAAUCAUAAUAAACUGAAUUGUAAAUCAUUAGCUAAGCCCGGGAAACAACAUUACCUGCAAAAUCUUGUGUCUGAGACUAUGGGACAAAAACAGGAAAAUUCUAAAGUGCAUAUAAAUCAAACAGAAGAUAUGGACAAGGAGAGAUUGCACAAACAUCAAGUAAACUCAAAGUAUCAAAUCCCUUCAUCCAAAGAUCUGUGCAGCAAAGAAGAAUCCAUGGCAUUCCCUACUCAUAGAACAAGCUGUACCACCCUUGGUGACUCAUCCAAGUACAAAGUACAAAGUUACCAGGACCCUAAAAUAUCCUCCACACAAUCAUUUAAGCCUUUAGUUGUCAGAGCAAGUGAUACAUUUAAACAUUAUACUUGAUUUUUUUUCCUCAAUGUUUCAUCUCCUAAAAUAUAUCCUAUAUGAGAUUCCUUACUAAAUUACAGUUAUAAAUAAGGGGUGUCAUCAUACACUUGACUAGACAAAGUCAAAGUCAAAUUAGAUGUUGGCUACUAACUGGAAGUACUGGUCACUAGCAAAUUGCCCCUUUAACUGUUCCUGAUUCAGGUAACCUCAAAUCAGUGGAUUAUAAUAAUAACCUAUUUUAUACUAAGACUAUUUUUGUUCUCCCAAGUGGAACUCUGCACAUUUUGCAUUCAAAACUAUAGCUGAUUAGUGAAUGUUACUUAUACCUUCAUCAGACAUGUAUAUUUCAGUAAAUGUGUUUACAUUUGUGAUUGCUGGCUUUUCCCACUUCAUGCAAGACUGAUUAACAACCCAUCGUCAUCAUCGUCAUCAUCACCAAAGAUUAAUGAGCAAAAGGCAAAAUAUAUGUUUGUACUAUGUUUUAACUGUACUAUACACUGACUGCUUCACAUUGUUGCUAGACUGCUUGUGAAUAAUUUUUAAACCAUGAUAAUAUAAUGUAUUAAUACUAAAUAAUUAUCUUUAUGUGUAUUUAAUUUAUGGUUAUCUAUAUUGCAG